CUUCCUGGUCACGUGACUGCCAGGUUCCGGUUCAGGCACAACGUGGGUACCUGUGAUCCUGGGUCGCUAUCAGAGUGCUGGGUGAUGUGGGUCCGCUAGGGGCCGGAUUCUAUCAACAUGCAGAUCUCUAAUGUGAAUGAUGUGAAAAUCUAUAAUCUGAGCUGCGGGAAGUCCCUGCCAGAGGUAAGUGGCUAAACUGUAGGUCUCACCAUACUAACAUUACAGUGACCCUCUCCAUGCACAUCAUACUAACAUUACAGUGUAUUACAGUGACCCUCUCCAUGUACAUCAUACUAACAUUACAGUGACCCUCUCCAUGUACAUCAUACUAACAUUACAGUGUAUUACAGUGACCCUCUCCAUGUACAUCAUACUAACAUUACAGUGUAUUACAGUGACCCUCUCCAUGUACAUCAUGCUAACAUUACAGUGUAUUACAGUGACCCUCUCCAUGUACAUCAUACUAACAUUACAGUGUAUUACAGUGACCCUCUCCAUGUACAUCAUACUAACAUUACAGUGUAAUACAGUGAUCCUCUCCAUGUACAUCAUGCUAACAUUACAGUGUAUUACAGUGACCCUCUCCAUGUACAUCAUGCUAACAUUACAGUGUAUUACAGUGACCCUCUCCAUGCACAUCAUACUAACAUUACAGUGUAAUACAGUGACCCUCUCCAUGCACAUCAUACUAACAUUACAGUGUAUUACAGUGACCCUCUCCAUGUACAUCAUACUAACAUUACAGUGUAUUACAGUGACCCUCUCCAUGUACAUCAUACUAACAUUACAGUGUAUUACAGUGACCCUCUCCAUGCACAUCAUACUAACAUUACAGUGUAUUACAGUGACCCUCUCCAUGUACAUCAUACUAACAUUACAGUGUAAUACAGUGAUCCUCUCCAUGUACAUCAUGCUAACAUUACAGUGUAUUACAGUGACCCUCUCCAUGUACAUCAUGCUAACAUUACAGUGUAUUACAGUGACCCUCUCCAUGCACAUCAUACUAACAUUACAGUGUAAUACAGUGACCCUCUCCAUGCACAUCAUACUAACAUUACAGUGUAUUACAGUGACCCUCUCCAUGUACAUCAUACUAACAUUACAGUGUAUUACAGUGACCCUCUCCAUGCACAUCCUUACUAACAUUACAGUAAUAUUACAGUGACCCUCUCCAUGCACAUCAUACUAACAUUACAGUGUAUUACAGUGACCACCUCCAUGUACAUCAUACUAACAUUACAGUGUAUUACAGUGACCUCUCCAUGCAUCAUAACAUUUUGAGUGUAUUACAGUGACCCUCUCCAUGCACAUCAUACUAACAUUACAGUGUAUUACAGUGACCCUCUCCAUGUACACCAUACUAACAUUACAGUGUAUUACAGUGACCCUCUCCAUGUACAUCAUACUAACAUUACAGUGUAUUACAGUGACCCUCUCCAUGUACAUCAUGCUAACAUUACAGUGUAUUACAGUGACCCUCUCCAUGUACAUCAUACUAACAUUACAGUGUAUUACAGUGACCCUCUCCAUGUACAUCAUGCUAACAUUACAGUGUAUUACAGUGACCCUCUCCAUGUACAUCAUGCUAACAUUACAGUGUAUUACAGUGACCCUCUCCAUGUACAUCAUACUAACAUUACAGUGUAAUACAGUGACCCUCUCCAUGCACAUCAUGCUAACAUUACAGUGUAAUACAGUGACCCUCUCCAUGUACAUCAUACUAACAUUACAGUGUAUUACAGUGACCCUCUCCAUGCACAUCAUACUAACAUUACAGUGUAUUACAGUGACCCUCUCCAUGUACACCAUACUAACAUUACAGUGUAUUACAGUGACCCUCUCCAUGCACAUCAUACUAACAUUACAGUGUAUUACAGUGACCCUCUCCAUGUACAUCAUACUAACAUUACAGUGUAAUAUAGUGACCCUCUCCAUGUACAUCAUACUAACAUUACAGUGUAUUACAGUGACCCUCUCCAUGCACAUCAUACUAACAUUACAGUGUAUUACAGUGACCCUCUCCAUGUACAUCAUACUAACAUUACAGUGUAAUACAGUGACCCUCUCCAUGUACAUCAUACUAACAUUACAGUGUAUUACAGUGACCCUCUCCAUGCACAUCAUACUAACAUUACAGUGUAUUACAGUGACCCUCUCCAUGCACAUCAUACUAACAUUACAGUGUAUUACAGUGACCCUCUCCAUGCACAUCAUACUAACAUUACAGUGUAAUACAGUGACCCUCUCCAUGCACAUCAUCCUAACAUUACAGUGUAUUACAGUGACCCUCUCCAUGCACAUCAUGUGUAUUACAGUGACCCUCUCCAUGUACAUUACAGUGUAUUACAGUGACCCUCUCCAUGUACAUCAUACUAACAUUACAGUGUAAUACAGUGACCCUCUCCAUGUACAUCAUACUAACAUUACAGUGUAUUACAGUGACCCUCUCCAUGUACAUCAUACUAACAUUACAGUGUAUUACAGUGACCCUCUCCAUGUACACCAUACUAACAUUACAGUGUAUUACAGUGACCCUCUCCAUGUACAUCAUACUAACAUUACAGUGUAAUACAGUGACCCUCUCCAUGUACAUCAUACUAACAUUACAGUGUAUUACAGUGACCCUCUCCAUGCACAUCAUGCUAACAUUACAGUGACCCUCUCCAUGUACAUCAUACUAACAUUACAGUGUAAUACAGUGACCCUCUCCAUGCACAUCAUGCUAACAUUACAGUGUAUUACAGUGACCCUCUCCAUGUACAUCAUGCUAACAUUACAGUGUAUUACAGUGACCCUCUCCAUGCACAUCAUACUAACAUUACAGUGUAUUACAGUGACCCUCUCCAUGUACACCAUACUAACAUUACAGUGUAUUACAGUGACCCUCUCCAUGCACAUCAUACUAACAUUACAGUGUAUUACAGUGACCCUCUCCAUGUACAUCAUACUAACAUUACAGUGUAUUACAGUGACCCUCUCCAUGUACACCAUACUAACAUUACAGUGUAUUACAGUGACCCUCUCCAUGCACAUCAUACUAACAUUACAGUGUAUUACAGUGACCCUCUCCAUGUACAUCAUACUAACAUUACAGUGUAUUACAGUGACCCUCUCCAUGUACAUCAUACUAACAUUACAGUGUAUUACAGUGACCCUCUCCAUGUACAUCAUACUAACAUUACAGUGUAUUACAGUGACCCUCUCCAUGUACAUCAUACUAACAUUACAGUGUAUUACAGUGACCCUCUCCAUGUACAUCAUACUAACAUUACAGUGUAUUACAGUGACCCUCUCCAUGUACAUCAUACUAACAUUACAGUGUAUUACAGUGACCCUCUCCAUGCACAUCAUACUAACAUUACAGUGUAUUACAGUGACCCUCUCCAUGUACAUCAUACUAACAUUACAGUGUAUUACAGUGACCCUCUCCAUGUACAUCAUACUAACAUUACAGUGUAUUACAGUGACCCUCUCCAUGCACAUCAUACUAACAUUACAGUGUAUUACAGUGACCCUCUCCAUGUACAUCAUACUAACAUUACAGUGUAUUACAGUGACCCUCUCCAUGCACAUCAUACUAACAUUACAGUGUAUUACAGUGACCCUCUCCAUGCACAUCAUACUAACAUUACAGUGUAUUACAGUGACCCUCUCCAUGCACAUCAUACUAACAUUACAGUGUAUUACAGUGACCCUCUCCAUGCACAUCAUACUAACAUUACAGUGUAUUACAGUGACCCUCUCCAUGUACAUCAUGCUAACAUUACAGUGUAUUACAGUGACCCUCUCCAUGUACAUCAUACUAACAUUACAGUGUAUUACAGUGACCCUCUCCAUGUACAUCAUACUAACAUUACAGUGUAUUACAGUGACCCUCUCCAUGUACAUCAUACUAACAUUACAGUGUAUUACAGUGACCCUCUCCAUGCACAUCAUACUAACAUUACAGUGUAUUACAGUGACCCUCUCCAUGUACAUCAUGCUAACAUUACAGUGUAUUACAGUGACCCUCUCCAUGUACAUCAUGCUAACAUUACAGUGUAUUACAGUGACCCUCUCCAUGCACAUCAUACUAACAUUACAGUGUAUUACAGUGACCCUCUCCAUGUACAUCAUACUAACAUUACAGUGUAUUACAGUGACCCUCUCCAUGCACAUCAUACUAACAUUACAGUGUAUUACAGUGACCCUCUCCAUGUACAUCAUGCUAACAUUACAGUGUAUUACAGUGACCCUCUCCAUGUACAUCAUACUAACAUUACAGUGUAUUACAGUGACCCUCUCCAUGUACAUCAUGCUAACAUUACAGUGUAUUACAGUGACCCUCUCCAUGUACAUCAUGCUAACAUUACAGUGUAUUACAGUGACCCUCUCCAUGCACAUCAUACUAACAUUACAGUGUAUUACAGUGACCCUCUCCAUGCACAUCAUACUAACAUUACAGUGUAUUACAGUGACCCUCUCCAUGCACAUCAUACUAACAUUACAGUGUAUUACAGUGACCCUCUCCAUGCACAUCAUACUAACAUUACAGUGUAUUACAGUGACCCUCUCCAUGCACAUCAUACUAGCAUUACAGUGUAUUACAGUGACCCUCUCCAUGUACAUCAUACUAACAUUACAGUGUAUUACAGUGACCCUCUCCAUGCACAUCAUACUAACAUUACAGUGACCCUCUCAUGUACAUCAUACUAAUAUUACAGUGACCCUCUACAUGUACAUCAUACUAACAUUACAGUGUAUUACAGUGACCCUCUACAUGUACAUCAUACUAACACUACAGUGUAUUACAGUGACCCUCUACAUGUACAUCAUAUUAACAUUACAGUGUAUGUGACCCUCUACAUGUACAUCAUACUAACAUGUAUAUAUUACAGUGAUCCUCUACAUGUACAUCAUAUUAACAUAUAUGUAUUACAGUGGUCCUCUACGUGUACAUCAUAUUAACAUGUAUGUAUUACAGUGAUCCUCUACAUGUACAUCAUACUAACAUGUAUGUAUUACAGUCACCCUCUACAUGUACAUCAUACUAACAUGUAUGUAUUACAGUCACCCUCUACAUGUAAAUCAUACUAACAUGUAUGUAUUACAGUCACCCUCUACAUGUACUGCAAUAAAAGGGAACUAAGCUGAGUUGGAUUGCCCAUUGAUUUUGCUAAUCUCUCUCUCUUUGAUGUCAAUGGCACAAUAGUUACACGUUUCUUCAUAGUUGGGUUUUCAUGUCCUUUACCCUUAUUGUGUGUCACGGUGUCUUAUAUUAGCAUGGUCUCAGUGUUUAUUUUUAUCCUAGUAUGUGAAUCGCUUUUACUAAAAAGUGUCUCUUUAUUAGCCAGUGAUUGUGUGCCAUAGUUUGUAUCUCUCUUAGUGUGUUUCACAGUGUGCAUUUUAUUAUCCUGAGAGCGUCACAGUGUGUCUCUAUUCCAGCAUGUUAGAGAGUCACAGCGCGUCUCUAUUCCAACAUGUGAGAGCGUCACCGUGCUUCUAUUCUAGCUUGUGAGAGCGUCACACUUUCAGGAGCUCCUGCAGGCGCUAUACGUGGUGCUCUGGCUGGAUCUUAGGUAGCAUUUGUUCCACUUAGUCUCAGACACCUUUCCUCCAAAAAGCGCUCUCCUGGCGGAUUUCAAAGUGGUUCAAAUCCACAAACCAAGUUGUCCGGGAACCGCACGGUCACCUUAUGCCGAAAACGGUUCCAUAACAUUCGCUGCUAAGUCCCGCUGAGGUGACCGGGAACCCAUGAAGUCCUCAUUCCAAAUUUAGUUCCAUAACGAUCACGGCUAAGUACAGCUGAGGACAAUUCAUGGGCUUGGUUCAUGCGAGCAGUUGCCAGAGAGACAGCUUUCGGUUCCAUUUGCACGAACAAAGGGCACCCAGGGCAAGCUACAAAGGGUCUUUGUAUAUGGCCCAUAGUACUUGGACAGGAGGCUAGCUAGCAGGUCCCUCAAGGAGCUUGUAGCAUAGGAACGUUCGCCACAGAGUGUGUCUAUUUUCCAGCAUAUGAGAGCAUCACAGUGCCUCUCUUUUGCAGCAUGUGAGUGCGUCAGUGUCUCUUUUCUAGCCUGUGAGUGCGUCACAGUGCGUCUCUUUUGCAGCAUGUGAGAGCGUCAGUGUCUCUUUUCCAGCACGUGAGAGCAUCACAGGGUGUCUCUUUUGCAGUAUGUCAGUGUGUCUUUUCCAGCAUGUGAGAGCGUCACAGUGUGUCUAUUUUCUAGUAUAUGUGUCAAUGUUCUCCACAGCAAUAAAACUCACUCCAGUGAACACUGUACCUCUAGUAGUGUAUCGUGUUUCCCUGAGCUUCACAUCCUAUUGUGUGUGCUUAUCUUCUAUAUCAAUAACAUACUUGGGCUGAUGUUGGCUCUGUAGAGCAGUUCUGGGUGCCAACUAACUGGGGAACAACUUAUGCCCAGUGCAAAGCACAGGUACUUGUAAUUGCCCUGAUUUGUAAAGAUUGCUGUAAGCUAUAAAACAGCCUAUUCUCACUAUGAUGUCAAAGCUGGAAUGUAUGCAUCCUUCUUUGCCAUCAGAAGUUUGUGUACAUGGUGGGCAAGUCCCUAUCUCACUUUUCCAGCUCUCUGUGAGAUCGUGAGCCAUGGCAGCAAACAUGCGUAGUCAGGGCUCAGUGGAAUUGAUGGUUAGAAUUUCAGGGACGAAUGCAGGUGGAAUAGAAAUCAUUUAUUUAAUAGAUGGAUUAAUAACAAUGUGUAGAGGGGGGAUACAAUAUCCCCUAUAAGUGAAUCACAUGAUAUUGAAUUUGGUUUCAUUGUGGAUCAAACUUGAGAAGCCCACAUUUUGGUAGAAAUUAUAUCAGAAAUGAGUGUACUGGGAAUACUAUUGAAUAGGUUAAUUAAACCAGGGGUGGGCUACGUCAGAACUUCAGAUGUUGUGGACAUGUGGACUAGAUGUAGUCUCCAACUUGUGGAUUGGUGAAGGUUGCCUACCCCUGGGAUCCCUCUUUGGCUCUUAGAUUUAUUAGAAUUUUAGAGUUGAGCAUAUCUAGCCCUGUGUAAGCUUGUUUUGUGAUUUUUUUUUAAAAUUUUUUUUUAAUGUUGUUUUACAUUUUUCUUUCUUAAUACCAGUGGCUUUCAGAUCGCAAAAAAAGAGCCUUACAGAAGAAAGAUGUGGGUAAGUAGAAUGUCAGCACAUAUUUAAAUGAGAUUCUCUGUUUUAACUGUAAAUCUUAACGUGUGACUUGAUGUUUACAUGUGUAUGGAACACGUAUAUUUUAAAGUGACACUCAAAGCACCAUCACCGCUAUAACGCGUAGUGGCAAUGGUGCAAGCAGGCUGUCAGUACUGUCUCAUGUUUCUGUGAUUUUGAUUGGUUUAACACAAACCGAAUGUCCUCCAGAUACCUGCAGCCUGGCCACUGGCGGUAGAUUACUUAUUGCACUUCAGCAUGUGCCAUUCACACUUCAUCCACAUUUAGGUAGUAUUGAGCAUGUCAGCAGACGCUCUCAGCCAACCAAUGCAGAAGUGUAAAUUCCGCAGUGCAAAUACAAAUACGGUUUCUGUGUAAAUGUCCGUUAGAAUCCCAAUUAAGCAGCAUAAACUUGAUUAACGUAUUUUUCUUUAAAGAUGUCCGGAGAAGGAUCGAACUUAUUCAGGAUUUUGAAAUGCCUGCUGUCAGUUCCAACAUUAAAGUCUCGAGAGAUGGGCAAUAUGUUAUGGCCACAGGUAAGAAAAUACCAUAAGUAUGGAAUUCUAUGAGACCAGACUCUCACAUUGUGUUUUGAGUGUUCUUUCACCAGGACUCUUAAGUCUCUAAAUGUUUAUGUUUACAAUGCUUUUUUGUUAAAUGUAAUAUAGCUGUUAAUGCAGCCUUUGGCAAUAAACUGUGUAUCCUCUAUAAAUACCAGAAUAAUUACAUUUCCAUUGAUGCAUAGUAAUGCAGAGUUUCACGAUAGCCUUGGAGAUGUAUGUGCUAGACAUAAAGGGACACGCCACGCAUCAUAACUUUUGUAGCGGUUAUGGUAUUAUGAAGCUGUCAUGGGGAGGUCUACCUACCCCUUAAAUCUUUCUACACUCAGUCUGUUUACAUCACUCAGGUCACACUCCUUCAGUAGGACGAGUUGUGCUGUGAGUGUGUACACACAAUUCCUUGCCCAGCUCAGGGUCACUCAAACAGUGUGAACAGGCUGUGUGUGAGUGGAAGCUGGACUUCCCAUAUUUUGUCAGUGGGUAGGCAGUACAGUUUCCAGAAGGGUAUCAAAACAAACUAAACUGCUGUUAUGUUAUGAGUGGCCCUUUAAUUGCCCCUGUGGAGCAUCAGUCAUUUAGGGAACAGUUUCUUGGAAGGUCCCUGUCAGAGCUGUAACCUGGGCAAAAAUAUUUUCAUUAAAAAAUGCUUCUUAUUGGAAGUACAACCUACUGCUUUUUAGAGGGUUUCUGCUGUGAUGUCUAAUUUUUCUGUACCCCUUGGGUGGCAUAUGACUCAAGAAGUAGAAUGUUUUUUGUUGUUGUUGUUUUUUUUUCUUCUUCUUCUUUUAGAUUAACUCACUAAUCUGAAAUUCUUUUCCAGGAACCUACAAGCCUAGAGUCCGUUGUUAUGACACUUACCAGCUUUCUUUGAAGUUUGAACGAUGUUUGGACUCAGAUGGUCAGUAAUCUUUAAAUUUACCUAUUUAUUUAUUUUAUUUAUUACUGGUAUUUAUAAAGCGCCAGCAAAUUCCCCAGCGCUGUACAAUUGGUGGAGAACGUACAAUAUACACAGACAAAUACAAGAGGUAGAGAGGGCAUAUAACAUUUUACCUGUAACAUGCGGGUGGGGGAAAUACAUUUUGUGUGUGUGUGUUGUUGUUGUUGUUUGUUUUUUUUUGUUUUUUUUAACCCUAUCCCACCCUAUUUAUUAGUUUUUUUUCCCCUUUAUUGCAAGGUUCCAAUUAAAGGUACACUAAACUCACCCAGAUCACUAUAUCUAAAUGAAGUGGUCUGGGUGCGGUGGCCCAGUCGUUUUAACCAUGUAAUGUAAAAGAUUGCAGUUUUGUUUGUGGAGUUCAGAAAAAAAGACAAUAUUUUCGCUUUAACCUGUGCCUUUGUCAAGAGACUUAUAAAGGCACAGGAUAGUGCCGAAACAUUGUCCAUUUCUCAGAACUGAAAACACACACUAUAGAAGCAAUGUAUGUUUGCUCACACGCUACCACUUAGCAGGUACCCAAGCAAGUAUGAGUGGGAGCAUCAUGGCGCAGUGACGCAUCACUCUGGACACACAAGUGCUGCAAGGAAAUGGUUCUUUUUGUGUGUGUGGGUUUUUUUUUUUCUUGUUUUUUUUUUAAAAGUAUUUAUUCUGAUAUAUUUUUCUGUACAGGCAGAUACCUUUUAACUGAAACCCACAAUAGAUCCAUAGCAAACAUAGAAGCUAUAAACAGAGUGACUUUUUUUUUUUUUUACUUUUGCAUGCAGUUCAUUCCCAUCUGUAAUCUUCUGUUGCCCUUUAUUUAUUCUCCCUACUUAUUAACCCCUGAUGCUAUGUUCCAUGCUGUCAUUCAUUGACUUGACUUUAAUGCUUUUAGGACAUCAUGGAACUCCUGCAGUUUUGGUGUGAGCAGGGUUAAAUCACUGCUUUCACCAGGGAGCCCCAGGUAUCAGCUGAUACCUUGGCUUUGCCAGCCGAUCAGCACUGCUGGUAAGCAGGCUCUAUUCAUAAUUACAUUGAAUAUAAUUAUAAAAAUAGCCAAUAGAUGGCGUUCACAGAGCACUAACUACAGUUUUAGUUUGGAAACCCAUUUCCUUAAAACAGAAUUGUUGUUAGCAGAGUGUUUCCGUAAGGGUUGGUGUUAGAUACGGUAAGACUUAACGGAGCACUAUAGUGCCAGAAAAACAAACUCGUUUCUCUGGCACUACAGGGAGUGCAGAAUUAUUAGGCAAAUGAGUAUUUUGACCACAUCAUCCUCUUUAUGCAUGUUGUCUUACUCCAAGCUGUAUAGGCUCGAAAGCCUACUACCAAUUAAGCAUAUUAGGUGAUGUGCAUCUCUGUAAAGAGAAGGGGUGUGGUCUAAUGACAUCAACACCCUAUAUCAGGUGUGUAUAAUUAUUAGGCAACUUCCUUUCCUUUGGCAAAAUGGGUCAAAAGAAGGACUUGACAGUCUCAGAAAAGUCAAAAAUAGUGAGAUAUCUUGCAGAGGGAUGCAGCACUCUUAAAAUUGCAAAGCUUCUGAAGCGUGAUCAUCGAACAAUCAAGCGUUUCAUUCAAAAUAGUCAUCAGGGUCGCAAGAAGCGUGUGGAAAAACCAAGGCGCAAAAUAACUGCCCAUGAACUGAGAAAAGUCAAGCGUGCAGCUGCCACGAUGCCACUUGCCACCAGUUUGGCCAUAUUUCUGCAACAUCACUGGAGUGCCCAAAAGCACAAGGUGUGCAAUACUCAGAGACAUGGCCAAGGUAAGAAAGGUUGAAAGACGACCACCACUGAACAAGACACACAAGCUGAAACGUCAAGACUGGGCCAAGAAAUAUCUCAAGACUGAUUUUUCUAAGGUUUUAUGGACUGAUGAAAUGAGAGUGAGUCUGAUGGGCCAGAUGGAUGGGCCCGUGGCUGGAUUGGUAAAGGGCAGAGAGCUCCAGUCCGACUCAGACGCCAGCAAGGUGGAGAUGGAGUACUGGUUUGGGCUGGUAUCAUCAAAGAUGAGCUUGUGGGGCCUUUUUGGGUUGAGGAUGGAGUCAAGCUCAACUCCCAGUCCUACUGCCAGUUCCUGGAAGACACCUUCUUCAAGCAGUGGUACAGGAAGAAGUCUGCAUCCUUCAAGAAAAACAUGAUUUUCAUGUAGGACAAUGCUCCAUCACACGCGUCCAAGUACUCCACAGCGUGGCUGGCAAGAAAGGGUAUAAAAGAAGAAAAUCUAAUGACAUGGCCUCCUUGUUCACCUGAUCUGAACCCCAUUGAGAACCUGUGGUCCAUCAUCAAAUGUGAGAUUUACAAGGAGGGAAAAACAGUACACCUCUCUGAACAGUGUCUGGGAGGCUGUGGUUGCUGCUGCACGCAAUGUUGAUGGUGAACAGAUCAAAACACUGACAGAAUCCAUGGAUGGCAGGCUUUUGAGUGUCCUUGCAAAGAAAGGUGGCUAUAUUGGUCACCGAUUUGUUUUUGUUUUGUUUUUGAAUGUCAGAAAUGUAUAUUUGUGAAUGUUGAGAUGUUAUAUUGGUUUCACUGGUAAUAAUAAAUAAUUGAAAUGGGUAUAUAUUUGUUUUUUGUUAAGUUGCCUAAUAAUUAUGCACAGUAAUAGUCGCCUGCACACACAGAUAUCCCCCUAACAUAGCUAAAACUAAAAACAAACUAAAAACUACUUCCAAAAAUAUUCAGCUUUGAUAUUAAUGGGUUUUUUGGGUUCAUUGAGAACAUGGUUGUUCAAUAAUAAAAUUAAUCCUCAAAAAUACAACUUGCCUAAUAAUUCUGCACUCCCUGUAUAGGGUUAUUAGGUCCCCCCACCCUCACGGCCCCCCUCCCGCUGGGCUGAGGGGUUAAAACCCCUUCAGCCACUUACCUUUCUCCAGCGCCGGGCUCCCUCUGUGCUGGGGAACUCUCCACCCCCUGCUGUCGUUUGAUCCGAAUGCGCAUGCGCGGCAAGAGCCGUGUGCGCAUUCAAACAGCGCAUAUGAAAGCAUUACUCAAUGCUUUCCUAUGGACGUACAGCGUCUUGUGAGAAUCGUGGAAGCGCCUCUAGCGGCUGUCCGUGAGACAGCCACUAGAGCAUGGGUCCUCAAACUCCAGCCCCCCCCCAGAUGUUGCUGAACUACAACUCCCAUGAUUCUCUGGCUAUCUAUGUAAUUCAAAGAAUCAUGGGAGUUGUAGUUCAGCAGCAUCGGGGGGGCCGGAGUUUGAGGACCCAUGCACUAGAGGCUGAAUUAACCCUCAGGGAAACAUAGCAGUUUCUCUGAAACUGCUAUGUUUUCUGCUUCAGGGUUAAAACUAGAGGGACCUGGCACCCAGACAACUUCAUUAAACUAUAGUGGUCCUUUAAUGCUGGGUUUUGCGAUAUGUUUGGUAUAGUGUUUCGGUGGGGUUUGAUAUAUAAGGUUAACGUUACCUACCAGAACAUUUAUUUAGAUCCUAAACAUGUUAGGCAUGUAACAAUCUGGACUGAUAUAUUAAUCUGUUUUGAGUUCUUUUUAUUUAGUUGCACUGGAUGUAUAAACAGUAUUAUAAGCAACAAUGUGAAAAAAUGCAUGUGCCUGCUCCCUCCCAUUAACAUUUUAUUCACGUCAUGGUGUGUUAAUUAUACAUAAAGGAUGUUUAAUGAAGCCGUUUCUGUUCUUUAAACAGAAAUAUGUAAUAUGUAUGGAGGCACUUGUAGAGAAUCCCUUAAAUUACAGUGGAACAAACAGUGCAAAUUCUAGGUUUUGUUUUGGUUUAGAAUAUGGAUAAUAACUUCCAUUCUUAAGGGAUUCAUGAAAUAGUCUUAUAAUACUUUGUUUCAUUUAUUGUUGGCUUAUCUAUAAAAAUCUCUACAGAAUCUCAUAAAACAGCAAAUAUGGGCAGGAAAAUCCACAUCUGUUUUAGCACUCUAAAUGACCAUUUCCUCUGCUGUAGAUGAAAGGGAUCCUAUAGUGCCACGAAUACAAAGCUGUUUUCCUGGCACUAUAGGGCUAAUAGGAUCCCGCCCUCCUGCAGGGCUGAAGGGAUUACAACCACUUCAGCCACUUACCUGAAUCCAGCACCGAUGUCCCUCGGUGCUGGGUCUGCCAGCGGGGAGACCUAAUGCACAUGCGCAGCAAUGGACGCGUGCGCAUUAGACCUCCCCGUAGAAAAGCAUUAUUCAGUGCUUUUUUAUGGGAAAAUCUGGCGCUGGAGGUCCGUGAGGACGUCCAGCAUCAGAUAACAGACCAAAAGUCUGUUCGAUUCUGGAAGAGCCCCCAGUGGCUGUCUGGCAGACAGCCACAGAGGGCAGACUUAGAGCUGCAAUGUAAACAUUGUUCUCUGGAACUGCAAUGUUUUACAUUGCAGCAUUAAGUGCAAAAGGGACACAGCACCCAGACCACCUCGAUGAGCUGAAGUGGUCUGGGUGCCUACAGUGUCCCUUGGGGAAAAAAUAUAUUUUUUCUUAAAUCUCCAUAGAUGGUAUUUUGUCUUUUGUACAUUACUGUUAAAAAAAACAUGUUUUGUUAUGAGAGAGCUGUUUGUGCUGAUCCUGUAUAUAUUUCUGUAUAGUAAAUGCUAUUGGAACAUUUGCUUGGGAGAGUAGUGCAGUGGAGGCAAAUAGAAAAUCAAUUUAUCUUGUCCAGGGGCAACAUCAGCUGUUUGUUCCUAAUUUAAAUUACUUUGUGUGCAUUGUGUUAGCCAGUUGGCUAUUCAAAUUUGCAUGGUUAUUCAUGACACUGUUAACUGUGUGAUAUUCAAAGUAAGAAAAUACAAUGACAUAAAUAUAUUUAAAAAAAAAAAGGGACAAUAUAGUCACCAAAACAACUUUAGCUUAAUGAAACAGUUUGUGUAUAUAGAUCAUGCCCAUGCAGUCUCAUUGCUUAAUUCUCUGCCAUUUAGGAGUUAAAUCACUUUGUUUAUGUAGCCCUAGCCACACCUCCCUGCAUGUUACUUACACAGCCUUCCUAAACACUUCCUGUAAAGAGUCAACUAAUGUUUAUACUUUCUUUAUUGCAAUUUCCUAUCUUCUGAACUGAUAAUAGCUUGCUAGACCCUGCUGGAGCCUCCUGUAUGUAAUUAAAGCUCAAUAUACAGAGCAGGAGAUGACAAUACGUUAUAUCUAAUUGAAAAUGAAACUGUUUUGUUGUCAUGCAGGCUGUGUCAGUCACAGCCAGGGGAGGUGUGUCUAAGGCUGCAUUAACAGAAACAAAAGUGAUUUAACUCCUAAAGGAUUGAGCAGUGAGACUGCAGAGGCAUGAUCUAUACACAAAAACAUCUUAAUUACGCUGACAUUGUUUUUUGUGACUAUAGUGUCCCUUUAAGCAUACUUGCUGCUUCAGUAAUUUUUGUUUUUAUUUUUCAGUGGUUAAAUUUGACAUUCUUUCCGAGGAUUACUCAAAGGUACUGUGUAUUACUCUGCAUCUACCAGAUUCGUUUUCAGAGCUGUGCUUUAUAUAUAAUAGUACAUAUGUUCUUGGGUAAACUACCAGCUAAAUGUCUCCUACAAAUAGAUACAUGUUUUGUAGUCCCCUCUAAUCAGUACGUUGCUGAAAUGCAUGUUCUUGUUAGAAGAAGAUUAACCCAGGUUCACAUUGCUCGAAAAGUAACUAAAAAUGCAAAGUGGACUACAAUACAUUGCUUUGGCAAUUAACUGGUUAACCACGUUUCGACUACUUAACUGGGGGUUUUAUGAUCUACACCUGACCAUUAAGUGUUAAGAGGGAUACUUGUUGAUGCAUUGUCAGCCAGGUACUUCCUUUUGAAAUAAUAAUUGGAUUUAGCUAUGGUACUGCCAUCAGAUGUGGUCAGAUAUUGAAAUUUCAGCAAUAGGCGAUUCAACUCCCAAUAUUUCAAUGUAUCGGUGUAUUCUCUCAAAGCAUCACUCUGUUUACUUCUUUUGUUGCAGGUGGUCUUCCUUCAGUGUGAUCGAUACGUUGAACUUCACUCCCAGCAUGGCCGUUAUUACAGACUCCGGAUACCAAAAUUUGGCAGGGAUUUUGCUUACCAUUACCCGUCCUGUGACCUUUUCUUUGUAGGGGCAAGGUAAUGUCUGCUGUGUGUAGUAUCGCGGGCCAAUUUCUACAAGUGUUUUGCCGUGUUAUAUGAGUAGCCGUAGUCAGGUCAGGGUGUGGAAAACUUAAAUAUAUCUUCAUAGAUUUGAUAUAUACUAACAGACUUCCCAUCCUUAGAGUUUGUGCCUAAAUGAUGUUAAAACACUAGUGAAGGAUAGUUAUAGUUUCAGUAAGUUUUAGUAAGGAGAAAACUUACAAAUAAGGUCUUUCAGGCUAUUUUUGAAGUCACUGUCGUUUUAAUCUAUUUAACACUUUGACGUGGGUUGGACAGGUUUAGGCUCAUCAGCUGUGAGUUAAAACUCCCUUGAUUAUCUUCCAGACCGGGGUGUAAUUCUCAGAAGUUUAAUUAGUGAAGGUUGCCUGAACUUGGCCUAGCCUACACCUCCCAAUGUUAUUAGAGGGCCUGUACGGACAGCUCCCUUAUACUCUGUGCAAAGUCUUAGAUUAGUCUUUUCUGGUAGUGGCUAGCCAUACUGUCCUUGUGGUUUUAGGCUGUCAACAAACUCAUUAACAGGGUCAUUUACUAAAAGGAGAAUGUAAAGUGAAUUUCUGUUUUAAGCUAGUCAAACUGAGAGCUUAGCUGACUAGUUCUCACUUAAAUGAAUAAGCUCUAAGCACCAGUUUAAUUACUGCAGUAUGUUACCCGAAACAAAGUAAAUUUAAUUUGAUAUUGAUUAUUUGUAAAAGGAUCUCGAGCUGUGUUUUGAGAAAGCAUUGCUACACCUGUGAAAAUGAAAUAAACCUAGAAAUCUCAAAAUACAUAGUUUGUGAAUUCACAAUUUCCCUUUGCAAUACGUUCAGUUAGCUGUUCUGUUGAGUUGUGUGCAGACUCUGAAAUAAUUACAUCUAUACAUCACAUCUGCUAUUGGACAUCUAUUGCCAAAAUGUCAGCAUAAUUUGUUCCACUUCUGGGUCUUGUGUUGAUGUGAGUGUUGUGCUCUGCCAGUCCCGGCUGUUUUUAUGUACCGUCUAUAAGGGAGAAAAUGUCUAGCCGAAAACCUCAGAGCUCUUUCUAGAAUCAAAUUAGAACAGAGAGUGAAAUGAUACGUUAAAGAUGCCAAAAAAAAUUAAAUAAUAAUAAUAAUUUAAAAAAUACUAAAUUUUUUAUUUUAUUUUUGUCAACACACUUUUUCUUAUCAUUUUUCCCCAGUAAAAUUCUGAGGUUAUAUAACCGUGUUUUUUUUUUUCUCCCAAAUACAGUUCUGAGAUUUACCGGUUGAAUUUAGAGCAAGGACGUUACUUGAACUCUCUUCAAACAGAAGCCUCGUAAGUACAACUAUGCCUCUCUAUUCUGCAACUGUCACAAUGCGGUUGUGCCACUAGGUGGAGGCAGAGUAUCACAUUCCCUCAUUAUUUAAUUUGAUAUAUAUGUGCAUAUGCAUAUAUACCGUGUUUCUCCUAAUAUAAGCCCUAGUCGUUCGCUAAUCUAUGUUCAGGGAAACUUCCCCGAACAUAGAUUUGCGGUAUUCUGUUAACGAGUAAGCUAAUCUAUGUUUGGGAAAGUUUCCCCGAACAUAGAUUUGCAGGAUACCGUGCCCUAGUAAAAUGGUCUAUGUUUGGGGGAAUUCCCCUGAACAUACACCUGCUUUCUAGCACACAUUUUUCCCCCAAAAUAAGCCCUAGUGCAUUUUUCAGGGGAAAAAAAUAAAAAUAAGACCCGGUCUUAUUUUUGGGGAAACACGGUAUGUAUGUGUGCAACAUGAUUUGUAUUUAGUAAUGAUUUCUUGAUAAUCUUUGUUUUCCUUUACUUUUAGACAAAUUAAUGCUUGUGAUAUCAAUCCAGCACAUCAUUUACUGGCUGUGGGCACAGCAGAGGUAAUUGUGUUUUUUCUUUUGGCCUCGAUUUUAAUAUUUUGGACAAGCUUUUCAAAUGAACACAAUCUUUUAGAAAAACAUUUCAAAUGAUUUAUCUGCAAAAAUUCCCCUUGACCCUAAUGAGGGUUUCUGUAGAUAAAUAAUUAGAAUUUUUUUUUUUUUUUCCUAACAGAUUGUGAUCAUUUAAAAAACGUAUCCAAAAUAAUUAAAUCAAGGCCUAUGUUGCCGGUUAUCCGUAUACAGAGCAGUUCUUCUGAAAAACCCAGAAAUGUUGCUGAAAUGUUUUUUUUCCUCCUUGAGCCGUUGUUAGAGAUAGUUAUUACAUUUCUGAUCAGUGGACUGACAAUUGUCUUAUUUAUGUUAAAGAACAAUCACUGCAUGUAAAUGCUAUAUAAACAUUGUAUUUAAGGAGUUAAAAACUACUCUCUACAUUUGUGUUCAUAUAUGAAUUAAAAAUGAUUGCAAACUUUUGACACUGUAAUGCUCAGCUUCUAAUGGGACUGGUUAAAAAAAUCAUAGUGUACAGUAUAUUUAUUUUAGAUUCUUUAUCUGUAUAUUUCUGUUCCAUUGCUUUUCUUUCUUUAUAUAUAUAUAUAUAUAUAUAUAUAUAUAUAUAUAUAUAUAUAUAUAUAUAUGUGUGUGUGUGUGUGUCUUGUAUCGGACCAUUCUUUUCUCAGUUCUUUAUUCUAACUGGUAUUAUUCUGAUCUCGCUCAGGGUAAAGUUGAAUGCUGGGAUCCAAGGACAAGAAGUAGCGUAGGCGUUCUGGACUGUGCUUUGAGUAGUGUAACGGAAGACACAGAGUAAGUUGUUGUUGUGUUUUUUUGUUUUUUUUAAAAUAAAGUUUCCAUAACCCUUAGCAUGCCAUAUAGGUUACACACACAUCUUCAAGCUGAUAGACAGCACAUGAAAAGUGUGAAGCAUGUAGCAUUCAAAUGCUGUGGGAUUCCUCUUUGAUCUAUACUGACAGCGUACUUCUGAGCAGCUCUUUGCUUGUUUGCCCAUCAGUACGUAUAGAAAAAUAUGGUGGAUCUGGCUUCAAUUUGCCUGAUGUUAGUAUCGAAGGUUAGAUCUAUACCCUCUGUUACUGGUGAGAAAUGUACUAUUGUCUUUUAGAUUCUGAUUUUGUCCACCACUCAAUAAAGCCAUAACUAAUUAGACAUUGAGCAAAUAACCACUAUAGCGUUUACAGUGCAGGCGUUCUGUAAACAACCUAAUCAGUAAAGCAAGUUACGAAGCUAAAAGAAAUACAUAAUCCCUUCGAAAGUUCUUAAAACAUUACUCCUCAAAUAGAGGCAAGUGUAUAUUAGUUGAGAGCAGUUGUGUUUGCUAAAUAAAAUUAAAAACAAUAUAUAUUAGGGGAAAGAAAUUCCCGGUCUGGCAAACCAUCCCCAUCAUAUCAUAUACCCAGAUGAUAUAUUAAUUUGAAGACAGCUAUCUUUUUCUGUAGCCCUAAAUAUUCAUAGUUGAUGUUAUUUAGGGGUUGUAAUAAUUGCUCAAUGUUUUUGUCUUAUUUUAGUUUUUUACGCAUGCUUUCCAUAGUCUAUUAUGUUAAAAGUUGUUAAAACAAGUAUAGCUGGCUGUACUGGAGUUGUCAUUUCUGUAGUCAGAUUUGUGACCACUACAUUAAUCUUAAAAAAAAUCAAUAAAAAAAAAAAAAAAAUCAUGGUGGUACAAGGGAAUUUUAUUUUCAUUUAAAACCUCAAUUAUUUUUAUUUAAUUUUUUUCACCAAAUCUGCAUAUUGCCAUAGAUUUUCUUCUUUCUAGGAUGUGCAGGCUAUUUUUAUGUGUGUCAUAUUCAUUUGUUCUAAUUUUUCAAGAAAUAAUUGUCAGAUGUCGGUUCAUUUUGUUAAUAAACAGAGUAUAUGACUUUUAUAUAUUAAUGGAACAAUCUAAUUUAAAAAAAUAAAUUUCAUUUUUUUAAUUGGAGGAUUCGAUUACUUGCCUCCUCCACUUGCAUUCCAUCUUUGAAACCAAUAAUAAACUAUUAGACUCCCCUUUAUUCAAGCUCCAGUAGAGUCUAGGUCAGGAAAGGGUACAGGGAAGCAGUGCCUUCUGGGUGUUCUCAAACUCGUAUGGUGGUGAGUCAGAAGGGAAAAUAUGAAAAUAGAAUAUAAUGUAGUAUAUUCUAUAGGUGGUGAGGUAAAAUAAGAAAAAUGACACUUAAAAUUUUUUUUCUGGAGUUUAUGUUCAGCUCCAGAUAUAUGUGCUUGGGCGGUAUGAUACCCAGCUUGGUUCCUUGUAGAUGGUAGGUCAGGGUCAAGGACCAGUUAAAGUGUUGAGCAUUCACGGGUAUUUCCCUCCAAAUUUCAGUGUCACAGAUAUUCAUUAACCACAUAAAAGGAAAAUUAGAAAUGGGGCGGGGCUUGAUGCCAUGCUGAUCAGAUGCAUGGAACGGGAGCUCCUUACAAAUCUUGCUUUUUAGCAUUUAAUCUUGAUACCCAUACAUACCUUAUUCCUCUGGUGGCUACAUGAUAGCACCUGGGAUCGACAGGGAACCUUUCGGUAGCACUCUUGCUGUCGGUGGCUGUGGGGCUCCAAGCAACUAACAUUGCGGCCUGGUGUUGUUCCAACCGAGAGGAGCGGCCGACCUCGGCGGAAUUGCACUGGCAUCCUAGGCGGCAAGUCCUGUUUCUUCCCCCAUCUGGACCGGUGGGGGUUAUCCGGGCACCCAGACAAGAAUCUCAGACAAGAGUUUAGAAGUAACACUCUCCUGCAAUGGCGGAGGCCGCAUGGCCCCCAACGCUGACACUGGCAAUAUACUCACCCGGUUGGAAAAGCUCGCAUCAAGGUCCCUUGAAGGCAUCCACGGCUCCAAAAAUGGCGAAAGCUCCCACACAGAAGCAGAGUACAAGGCGCACCUUGCCCAAACGUAGGAUGGUGCAAAGGCCUGUCCAGCGGCUGCCUAAGUACACUCAUCAAUGGGAAGCACAGAGGCCCUCUGACGCUGUAUACCCAAGACUACCGCAAUACCUGUACCUACCAGUCGGAAGCCUCCUGUCCCACCUAAAACGUGGAAUUGGGUGAAAGAGUGUGGGGGAACCAGCAGACUCCUGGCUUGCUAUGACAAUCUGGCCAGUAUUGGCAACAAGCCAGUUCACAUACUCUGUGGUGGACUCCUGUCUUAUACUAAGCUUAGUUCUUAUGUUGAUAUAGCACACUUUUAAACCCCUCUUUAAGCUUUUACAGAUUUAUAUGUUUUGUUGCAUUAAUUUUACACUACUUGUUCCUCAACUUUUCAAACUCAUGCUGAAACACAUCCUGUUUUCUUGAUCAUUACUUAACAAAAAAUAUGUGCCACGAUUCUCAGUGUAAUACCUAUGUUAUACUUUGAUAUGCAUGCGCCUGUCUCUGCUGUCUUGGCAUUGCAGGUACUCUUGUUCCUCUCAGCACAUUUAAAAUAAAGAAUUAUAAAGUGAAAAAAAAUGAGAAUAAAAAGAGAAAAAUAGUGCUCUUUGUUUUGUUCUUGUAAAAGCAUAAUAAAAGGAGGUAUACUCACAUAAGGAGAGUUGUUUUUUUUUCCCCAAUCCCGUGUAGCGUAGGUGGUGUCCUUCCCACCAAGGAUGUAAAAAGUGUGGCUCCUCCGGAUAAAAUAUUCAGGGAUAAAAUUGUAAGGUUUAAAAAAACAAACAAAAAAAAACCUAGUUCUAUUUAAAACACUAACACGUUUCACCCAAAAGGGCUUCGAAUCAUCAUUACUUAUGGGUUUUAUGCAAUCAGGUGCUUCUCACAGUGAAGCAUUGCACAUGUGCAGCACUCUCCUUGAUUCCGCAUCAAUGGUUCUUUAUGAGAAGCACUCACAGUGUCUUGUUUACUGCCGAGAGGUGUUAAUAAGUGGAUAUUUCAUAAACCAGGGGGAUAUGCAUUUAACCCCUAAAACACUUUAACAACUGAAGUUCUUUAGGGUACGGUACUAGUGUCUGUUUAAGGGCAAGUUUUUUUUAAUAGGUAUAGGGAUUUAACAUAACUAUGUAGUUUAGAUGGUUAAAACAUUGUUUAUUACUAUUAUAGUUUGCUUAAAUAAAAGUAGAGUUUUGUAACUUUGUGUAUUCAUGAAGGUUGGUAAAUAAUAAUAUUUUGACUUUUGUGAGAGAAAAUUUUGACUAUUAUUGCUGACUAGAACUCUGUCAGGGUCACGUUCCUCCUCUGAGAUUAAUGCUCAUUAGAUUUUUCUUUCUUGGCUAUAAUACACCAGGGUCGGUAAAAAUCCGAUUUCUUUUCAUUUAAAUCAGUUUGUUUUUGGGGUUUUUAAAAUAAUUGCAUUUAAAGGAAAAUCGAUUUAAGAUACAUUAUAGUCCAAAUGUUAUUCUGUAUGAAAUAUGGAUUAGUUAUGUAGCAGGAGGAUGUAUAUUUGUGCAAUAUUUGCAUUACUGUUAAAUGAAUUCCAUUAAUCGAACUUCUGUCUGUAGAGAUAACAAGCAUUUUUUUUUUACAGCAAAAACGUAAAUGUAAAAUACAACGUUCAGAAAAAGACAUUAUAUACACACAAUCAGCACCUUUUAAUUUAAGUUGUUUUCAAAACAUGAGUGAUUAAUGUAUUAAAGUGGAGAUGCUUAACUUUGCAAUCAUUUCAUUAUUAUCAGUGUAUUUCUAAAGAAAUCUGUUCUGAUAUAACAAACUUAUCUGAAAAGUUGUUAAAUAGGAAAACUUCAUCUGGUUGCAAAUAUAAAAGAUUAUGACAUCCAACAAGAAUGAGUUUUUACGUUUACAAAAAAAUAUAAUUAUUAAAUAAAGUAUUGCUGACUAGGGCUUUAAAACGACUAGUUGUAAUACAAAUCCACCACUGUAAGAGCUUUCCAGAGAGUAAAAUCGUUCUUGAUUUUUGUCCAUUUAUUGUCUUUUAGAAUCGAAGGUUUACCAGCAGUAUCAGCCUUGAAGUUUAGUGGACCGUUGCAUAUGGCCGUUGGCACAUCAACUGGACAGGUGCUUACAUGGAUCAUACAGAUUCUUACACUCUGCUUACUACUCUUGUCGUGGAGGAACCCCUCUCACAGACAUCUCUGCUAUUUAAAUUCCUUUUCUGACCAUUUCUGUUUCCUCCAAUUCCUGCCCUAAUUCAGUUCUCUCUGUCCCCAUUCUUAUGGUGCUGCUGUUUUGAUUGUAAUUGUCAUAUGAGCGUCUUGCAUGCUACCAUUAGCAUGGGUUUUAAUGUUAAUAUUGUAAGAGAAAAACCACAGCUAGAAUAGGUAAUUAGUUACAAUAGGUAAUAAUUAACACCAGGAACAAACUUCCAGAAAAUGACAUAGCAGUGAGAAAUGGGGCUUGUAGUCUGUGCGUGGGGACAGGUAGGUCUCUGUUCAGCCUUUAUGAAUUGAGAUCUGUUUGAAGUGAAAUGUUGCAAGGUCAAUAAUAGGACUUUGAGCAAAGCAUUUUGAAAUUAAUGAGAGUGGCUGCCUAUUUUAUUUGCAAGUAGUGCAAAUAUUUAUUUAUUCUAAUAGGUUUCAUUUUUAGUAGUAUUCGUGGCCAGAUGGUAUAAUUGUCCUUGGGUUUUAUUUGCACAUUCAAAGAAUUACAUAUACACAUAUAGGCACAAUUUAAGGUAAAGGUCAUUGACCUAUUUAAAAAAAAAAAAGGAAAGUUGGUUUUAUGUUUUUUUUUUUUUUUUCAUUUUACUUUGUCAAGUUUUUACUAUUUUGCUUCCUCCUUUCUCCAUCAGGUUCUGAUUUAUGAUCUCCGCUCCAGUCGUCCAAUGAUUGUAAAGGAUCACCAGUAUGGAUUACCUAUUAAAUCUAUACAGUUUCACGAGCCUUUAGAACUAGUUAUAUCUGCCGACUCGAGGAUUAUCAAGAUGUGGAACAAGAAUACUGUAAGACAUGUCCAUGUUUCACUGUAUUUUGGCCAGUCACUUCAUGGCACCAAGUAUUCUACUAAUACCAUAUCAUGGAACUUGUGGUGCUUUCAUGAAAACGUUGGUCACCACCAGACUCACAUAAACAUGGAGCAUUAAUGCUUCACCUUUCAUCUGUGAAGAGCGAGAGACCGGACAACAUAGAAACAAAGAAUGUGACGGCAGAUAAGAACCAUUCGGCCCAUCUAGUCUGCCCAAUUUUCUAAAUACUUUAAUUUGUCCCUGGCCUUAUCUUAUAGUUAGGAUAGCCUUAUGCCUAUCCCACGCAUGCUUAAACUCCUUUACUGUGUUAACCUCUACCACUUCAGCUGGAAGGCUAUUGCAUGCAUCCACUGCCCUCUUAGUAAAGUAAUACUUCCUGAUAUUAUUUUUAAACCUUUUCCCCUCUAAUUUAAGACUAUAUCCUCUUGUUGUGGUAGUUUUUCUUCUUUUAAAUAUAGUCUCCUCCUUUACUGUGUUGAUUCCCUUUAUAUAUUUAAAUGUUUCUAUCAUAUCCCCCCUGUCUCGUCUUUCCUCCAAGCUAUACAUGUUAAGAUCCUUUAACCUUUCCUGGUAAGUUUUAUCCCACAAUCCAUGAACCAAUUUAGUAGCCCUUCUCUGAACCCUCUCUAAGGUAUCAAUAUCCUUCUGAAGACACGGUCUCCAGUACUGCGUACAAUACUCCAAGUGAGGUCUCACCAGUGUUCUGUACAAUGGCAUGAGCACUUCUCUCUUUCUACUGCUAAUACCUUUCCCUCUCCCUAUACAAUUAUGUCACAGGCUUAGACUUGGGUGAAUAGCUCUUUCCUUUGUCUCACUAUAAUCACACUUACACUUGUGGUUGGUUUUAAGUUGAUUAAUUACGUAUUUUAUUCGGUGCUAAUCAUUCCUAGUAUUGAUUUUGGGAUAAUGUGUGAGCUAUAUGUCUAGUAAAUAUUCCUCUGCACUAACUUUAGGUUAUUUUUCUCCUUAAGGGCAAAAUAUUUACUUCAAUUGAACCAGAGGCAGAUGUAAAUGAUGUGUGUAUUUAUCCUGACUCAGGUGAGACUACAUGUGCAUAACAGGGAAAAAUAAUUAAAUAUAACGUAGCUUGGUCAAGAGGAUCUGUAGGUAAUUGCUAACGGAAGUCUGAGUGACUUGGGAUGUAGAGGAUCAGCUGAUUUAGAACAUAUUCGGUUAGAGUAGGAUAGAACCUGACAGAGGGGAAAGGUGUUGGUUGGUCAUGGGUCAAAGCUUGAUUAACACGUUAGUGUAGAGUUUGAUAAGUCGAAGGAGUCUUAAACAUGGAAGAUGAAUAAUUUAGAGUAUUGGUUUCUUUUUUUUUUUUUGAUGAUCAUUGUAAUAUGAAUUUCUUUAAAAACAUUCCUUAUAUAUUUUUAUGUAUGAUGUGAAAUUACUGGUAAGCUGUCUGUUCUAACUAUGAUCUGUGUUAUUGUGUAUCGUCAGGAAUGUUAUUUACUGCAAACGAGGCCCCUAAAAUGAAUGUAUAUUAUAUCCCGGUAAGUACCUGUGAUUUCAUUGUGUGCUUGGGAAAGUUCUUGGUGGGUUGUAGCCUCCGAUUUGUUUGAUAUAAUAAUCUGUAUUUCAUUUUUUUAUUAUUGUUUACAAUCUACCAUUGGCAUGGCUAGUGUACAGUUUAGUCACUGAAAUUAUAGAGGAUCUGACUUGUUUUCCUACAGACACACAAAAUGUAGAAAAAGCUAAAUAAAAAAAAAAAAAAGAAUUUUAUUAAAUGGAUACUAUAGUGGCAGGAAUGCAAAGCUGUAUUCGUGGCACUAUAGCUCCCAGUAAGUACCCCUCCCCUCCCGCUCCAGUGAAUAAAUUGUUAAAACUCCUUUAACCCCGCCUGCCAAUGUCCUUCGGUGCUGGGUCGUGGCUCAGUGUCCUCUGAUGCCGCUCGGGCAUUGGGCCCACCCCAUAGGAAAGCAUGCCUUUUCUACGGGGAAAUAGCUGACACUGGAUGUCCUCAUGCAGAGUGUGGGGACAUCCAGUGUCAGCGGACAUUCCAGAAGCGCCUCAAGACCUAGAGGCUGUCUCAGUGCUGCAAUGUAAACAUUGCAGUUUGUCUAAAACUACAAUGAUUUACAUUGCAGCACUCAGUGCAAUAGGGACACUUCAGUUGAAUUAACUGAAGUGGUCUGGGUUCCUACAGUGUCCCUUUAAGUGUGUACGCAGGACAUAUUAGAGUAUAACUAGCAGCUUUGACAUGCUGUGUCACGAAACCUACUGAAACAUUGAAAAAAGUUUAUUCAAACCUAAGGUGUUGAGUUUGCAAUCCCAAAUAAAAUGUUUAGCUGAGUGACCAACCUCACCACAGUUUCUUUAUUCAAACAUCACACACUUAAUAUGUAUCAUCACAGUAUGUAUGGACAUGCAUGCUGCAAUGUAUUUAAAAGAAGAGUGGGUGUUUUUCCUCCAGAAUCCACAGUUACAUAUAAUAAUGACGAACCUGAUUUAGAACCCAAAGGAUGUGCCAACUGCUGGUGAAAACUUAAUUACGCAAAUUAUAUCUGGGAGAGAAGAUGGAGGGCAGUGGGACUUAAAAUAGUUAUUUUCAUGUUUAUUAUUUUACUUUUGUUUGUGCUUUUCCCCCGCAAUUGUCUCUUGUCCAAAGAUUGUUUAACCCCGUUGUGGCAAGUGAUUUGCCAAAGCCAUUCAUUUAAAGGUCCUUGGCUAAUAAGGAAUUAACAAAAGUUUUGUCAUUUAGUUUUCUUACAAACUGAGAAUGCUGGAUGACCAGUUCGGAUUCCUCUUACUACGUGUGCUACCAUACAUUCUUUGUAUAAUUUGGUUUAUUAUGGGGUCACAUUAGCUGUACAACAUGUGACUGAUCCGGGUUUUCGAACCGGGCAAUGCCAAAUAUGUGGGUUGCACAUUAGUAUUUAAAUGCCAUUUGUCUAUUUUGACAUUGCAAUCAGCAACAAUGGUAUUUAAUUAAUUGUAUACUCCUUUGUGUGUUCCUUACUGGUGAUGCUUUGUGCUGCACACCAUCAAACAGUGCACACAUUGUUUUCAGGGAUCCCGUGUUAAACUAGACUGCACACUAAAUGUAGUUUGUUUCCACGAUUAAAACCUGUGAUGGAAGCUUUGCAGCCCAUUACUGGUAUUAAAUCUCACAUUGGCAUGUGUCUGGUUUUUCCUCUGUAUAGCGUUUGGGCCCCAGCUUCCCCACCCCAGCAUGUUGGUCUAUAAAAUCUAGCUCUUCACACCAAAGAUGUUAGGCACUUUAUUGUUUUCACAGCAAUAAGCACAUCCUCCUGCUAAAACCAUGUGGAACACCUGCAGUGUCCCUCGGAAUCUGGCUGUGACGGCGAACCAGACAUAGGAAGUGUUGGGAAAUUUAGGGAAAUAUACAGACAUUUAAACUGUAACCAUGCAUGGCUUUUUGGGUGUGUGUCGAACAGUCUCAACAGGAUGCCCCAUUAAUGAUCAGUGACUUUAUACUGAUAUAAUUACAGCCUUGACAUGAAAGGGCAUGUGUGUUGAGGCCUGUUUUCCCUUUAUUUAAGCCUUUUAACGUCAUCAGCUACGGUAACUAGCGUCAGGGGAAAAUCAGAAUUUGGAAUGUUGUUACCUAGAAUUAAGCAGCUGCUUUGGAGUAAUUCAUUUUUAUUGUUUCAUUAUAGUGGCAUGUGAUUGUAAAUAAUAUGGAAAAAUACUAUAUAUGUUGUAUUUGCAAACAGUGGCUUUCCCGUGGGAUUUGGUCCAUGGCACACAGCCGCUUGCAAAGUAUUUGCUGGUAGCUGUUUUUACCAGGACAGCUGUGCUAAACCUUGCCAAAAUCAUGUUCUUGCUGCAAUUUCACAUUGUUGUCUUCCCACUCUGAAGUUACUUAUUUGCCUUUUUUUUUUUUUUUUAAAUCUGUUCAUUAGGUUAGUGGAGCUUUCAAGAUAACAAUGUAGCAAAUAAGAAAAAUAAAAAGUAAAAUUUAUCUUGACUCAAUUUUAUUACCUCUUGGCAUACUGUAUGGUGUUUCUUAAAGAAACACAGAAUAAGCCCUGUGCCCCUCACCCUAUGGGAAGAAGCCCCCGUACCCGAGUUGCCGCAUGGCUAAUGUGGAAUGAAUGUGUCUGCAUUAAUAUUGUCAGUUUCAUCCAUGCUCUAAGCCUCUAAUUGCUGUCCAACUGUGGAUGAAGUUAAUAUUGCCAAUAGAAAAGUGUAAAAUCUACCUGAGCAAUACAAGCUUUUUCCAGGCAUCUCGUGAACCCCCAUUUUUAAUCAAACCACUGUAAAAUCCUUUAACACGGGGAAAAAAAAUAAACAAUAAACCCUCAAAAAAAAUACUCCUAACACACACACACACAAAAAAAUACUCCUAGCAUCACCACCUCCGUGAAUAUCAGACCCUUUCAAGGUCACUACAGUUAUGCAAGACCAUUGAACGAUAACACACAGCAGAGAGACCCACCUACAUACCUACCUACCCGUAGUUCUACAAGUCUAUGAUGGCUAGGAAAAAUAUUUACCAUGUCUGUGCGCAGCCUGCAGCUUCUAUUGAUAUUCUGUAGUCAGGUGUUGCGUGCUGAGAUAUUUUAAGGUUUGGCUAGAAAUGAUUUAUUUUAUGCCUCGUGAAUUGUUUGAAUUCCAUAGUGAUUUUUAGCAGUCCUAUUGCACUUAUUAUACAUAUAAUGUCUAUUGACUAAGGGUUUCUUUUGAAUAGUUGCACCAAAACAAACAAUAACGUCUCUCCUGACGGUAAAUCUACCCAUCUAUUUAUGGUAUUUUCUAUAAUGUGUUUACCUUGUGCUCUUUGUUUUGUAUCUUAGAUCCUUGUUACUGUAAUAUGUAGAAUGAAAGAUAGCAGGUUUCUAGAUAAUCGUGUGUGGGCAUAAGUAAAUACCGAAAUACUGUAUUUUAAGUAAUUCCAAAGUCAUUUCACCAAUUAUCGGAAACCAACCCUUUUUUCCUUUUCUUGUAAUUAUGGCCUUUGUUUGCCAAGAUUUCUGAAUGAUUAAUCUUCAGAAGUCUGCGAUGCUUUCAGUUUUGGCUACUCUAAAUUUGAAAUGAAAUCACUUUGAAUUCUCAGUUUACUAAAUAACCCUGGUCAUAUGUGAUUAAUUAUAUGUAAUACACUAAAUAGCCACAACAUUAUAACCACUGGCAGGUAAAAUGAAUAACAUUGGGAAUAUAUUAGGCAUUAAGUGAUCAGUCAGUUCAUGAAUUUCAAGUGUUGGAAGCAAGAAACAUGGGCAAGCAAAAAGAUCUGAGUGACUUUGACAAGGACCAAAUAGUGAUGGCUGGGUCAGAGGAUCUCCAAACUGGCAGUAUGCAGAGGUUAGUACCUAUCAAAAGUGGUGCAAAGAAGGACAACUGGUGAAUUUAAUGUAAGGGUCGUGGGCGCCCAAGGCUCAUUGAGGCACGAGGUGAGCAAAGGCUGUUCCUAUCACACAGAAGAGCUGAAAAUUGUACUGGCAAUGAUAGAAAGGUGUCAGAACACACAGUGCAUCAUAGUUUGCUGUGUAGCUGUCGACCGGUCAGUGCCAACGAUGACCCUUGUCUGCUGCCGAAAGCGCCUACAGUGGGCAUCUGACGUCAGAAUUUGACCAUGGGACAAUGGAAGAAGGUUGCGUUGUCUUAGAAAUCACAUUUUCUUUUAGAUCAGGUGGAUGGCCACGUGCUUAUGCGUUGUUUACCAGAGGAAGAGAUGGCAUCAGGGUGCAUAAAGGGAAGAAGGCAGACUGGCGGAGGCAGUGUUAUGCUCCGGGCAAUGUUUUGCUUGGAAACCUUGGGUCCUGGCAUUCAUGUGGAUGUUACUUUAACACGUACCAGCUACGUAGAGAUUGUUGCAGGCCAUGUACAUCCCUUCAUGGCAAUGGUGUUCCUUGAUGGCAGUGGCCCCAUUGAGCAGGAUAAUGCACACUGCAAAAAUUGUUCAGGAAUGGUUUGAGGAAAAUGACAAACCAUUUACGGUGUUGCCUCCAAAUUUCCCUGGAUCUCAAUCCGAUGUGCAGGAACAACAAAUCCGAUUCAAUGAGGCCUCACUUUGCAACUUGUGGGACUUAAAGGAUCUGCUGCUAAUGUCUUGGUGCCAGAUAUCACUGGACAUGUUCAGAUGUCCUGGGGAGUCCAUGCCUUGAUGUUAUGGCAGCAUGAGGGGGGCCUACACAAUAUUAGGCAGGUGGAUUUAAUGUUGUGGCUGAUGAGUGUAUGUGAUGUUAUGAACACAUCAGAAACUCUUGUGCUACUUUUUCCACAUUUGCGGUUUCUCUCGUUUCCUGUCUUCAAUUCUCUUUUAACCCCUUAAGGACACAUGACAUGUGUGACAUGUCAUGAUUCCCUUUUACUCCAGAAGUUUGGUCCUUAAGGGGUUAAAGAAUUGUAAAUGCAUGGUAAGGAAUAUGCUUUCUUCCUUACAACUGUGGGUUAAGCUGGUAAACUGAUCCAAUAUGAGAGACAGCCAGUUGUUUGAAUUGUAAACAACUGCAAUGCUGAUUGUGUGGAAGAAAUCGAGAUUGACAGGGCAACUUAAAGGGACACUUCAGAUGCCUAAAGCAGUUUAAUUUGCUGAAGUGCUUUAUGUGUGAAGAGUGUGUCCUUUUUUUUUUUCAUUUUACAAAAAGUGCAGAUUUCAAUAUAAAUUGUCACUUUUAGAAAAUCAUAUUGUAAUUACCCCUUGGCUGUCAAUCAGACAACUGGUCCUGUUACUUCCUGGUUUGAUUAGCUCAGUGGAACUAAAUAUAAGAGGCAGUGAUUGCCCAGAGCACCUGCCUUGGAAAGACUUCUCAUUGAGCUGCAUUGGGAAGGCUGUGAUUGGACAGACACUGAAAGCUUUUACAAGUGAUUUGUAGAUAUAACCCAAUGAAAAAAUGUAUAAUUAUAUGCAUGUAUGUUUUCAUUGGGGGGAUAUCUACUUAAUAGUGCUUUAUUUUUUAAAUAAUAUCCUUUAACUCACCUUUGUACUAACACAAUAUCAAACCCAUUGUCGCAUGCUGCCACUUCAUCUCAUGAAAGCCCAAAAACCUAGACAAAAACCCACUAGCAAUAUUAGCGAUAUUACACCAUAUCAUAUGACUUCUUAGAAACCUGAUGAGUGAAUAAUAUCUAGGACACAGUGUGAGCUGAAUAGAUUUACACCUGCUUUAGGCUUGAAAGUAUGGGAUUCCCCUGGGUUCGACAUUGUGACGAGCAAUGUUUAAACUUGCAUUUUUUUCAUUUGGACAUGAGACUAAAUUAAAAUUAGACACCGAUCCUGUUACAAUCUAUCAUAACUGAAAAAUCUGAAAAAAGUUUAGGGAAGUGUGAGUUGGACUCACUCUGGCAGUCAGACGUGUGAGAUGAAGGAAGCUGUCAAUCACCUGUUAAUGCCAAGAUGUGUCGCCAACUCCAAAUGCCAUCCUUUUUAUGACCACUGGACGUGCUAAGCUGUGAAUGAUAAUGAGGGCCCAGAGGAAAGCAUGUAAAAACAGAGGAAAGCAUGUAAAAACAUUAACAGCUUUUUUGUUUUAUGAGACUGGAAACAUGUGCAUCCUAAAGUAAUGCAAAUAACAAAAAAAUAUAAAAUAAACCCUGGUGACAGGAAAUCCAUGUGGUUUCCUUUUAGAUAGUCAGGAGGUAAGGAGUUUAUAUAUAGAAAGAUACUUAUUUAUAUAUAAAAAAAAUCCUCUUUAUCAAAACCAAUAUGAAAAGAGGUCAAGUCUUCUUUUAACCACCUUUAUUGGACAAAUGUAUCCCAAAAUUGCUAGCUGUGUGACACGGUGUGUAUGAAAAUUCUGUUUUUUGGCAGGUGACGUGUAACAUAGCUAGGGCUGAUGUGUCUGCUUACCUACCUGUACAUCAAUAUGCAUUUUGUUUCAUGGAUGUUAUAGCUGCUAUGUAUAUACAUUGAUGUGCGUGAGGAGCUGCAAUGAGACAAGUGGUAGUGUGGUCGGGACUGUGUGUAUCUAUUGCACGUUGACCUGAAAGAGCUAAGAGAGAGCAAGAGGGUGUCUGUAAUGAGUUCGUAUGUUCUUGUUUUUAAUUGCAGACACUUAGGGACACAUGACGGACAUAUUCCGUCAUGAUUCCCUUUUUAUUUCAGAAGUUCUGUCCUUAAGGGGUUAAAGCUGCUUUUUUAUUCUUAAAUAAUAAGAUGCGAUAACUUUCCCUCAGUAAUUCAGCUUUCCUUUACAGGUGCAGUUAGCUUAUGUUUACCAUGGGUAUUUUAUCAUAUAGUAUUGUUUUCUUUUUUCAACACGAUGUAUAUUAUUACACCCACUCUGGGUCUGUUUGAGACGUGAAGGAAGCCUGUGAUGUCUGAAUCUAGUUUCACGGAAAGUCAUGCCUGCCUUAGCUGUCAAGGCAACUACACAGUUACAUUUCAGACAGCAACUUUCUGAUUGGAACUCUGAUCAGCAGCUUUAGAUACGGUGUAUAAUAUCUAAGAAGUAGGUCACAGUGUCUUCUGGGUUUAUUAUACUUUUUGUUGCUUUCCUUCCAACCCAGUGUGUACACUGCCUACAUUUUCUAGUGUGUUUCUAAGCCGUUCAUUGUAAAUGUUUAUCUCCCCUUUCACUGUAGCAAAAGCCCAUGCAGAUAAAAGUACACGAGCGGUUCUGAGCACAUUGCAGGACUUGUAUGCAAGCUGCAAAUAUGUCUUCUCAUGUGAUAGCAUUUUAGAUCCAUGCUUGACAAAUUGCAAUAUUAUUGAUCCAAUAUAAGCACUUAAAAUAGCUAUCCCUAAGUUUUGGUGGUGUAAUACAAUGUUUUAACUUUAUAUCCAAGGUUUAUUCAUUAUAGACAGAAUCUUGUAGUUGUAGGGUUCUAUUUAACUUUAUUAUAUGAUAUCUAAGAACUGGUAAGCCUGCUCCUGUAUCAACGAAAAGGAAACCGCCUCUGGAAUUCUUCUUGGUCACAGCAAAAUAUUACGCAUAUCUGGAGGUUUAAAUGUUGUCUCUGAUUAAGCAAAAAAAUGUUUUUAUUUUUUAAGGCUUUGGGACCUGCACCCAAGUGGUGUUCAUUCUUGGAUAACUUAACUGAAGAACUGGAAGAAAAUCCAGAAAGCACAGUAUAUGAUGAUUAUAAGUUUGUUACCAAAAAUGAAUUAGAAGAUCUUGGUGAGUCUCUUGUCCGGUUGCAUUAUUAUUUCUUACCUUAACGAACAAACCUGUAUUCCUGACACUAUAGUGUUAAUUGUUAAACCCACUAUUUAUGUCCCGGCCUCCCUGUCUGAGCAGUAAACAGGGGUUUAAUUCCCCCCAUAUUGCAGAUUCUCGCCUUUGGCACUAUACCAUGAGAAUAGGAUAUAUACUGUAACAGUGCUGCUCAAUGAGAACACACGCUCACUUAGCAUGAUAGCUACCCACCUACACCUCGUGCUGCUCAUUUGUAUUGCUUUCUUUACUCGGUCACUUAGUAUGUUCAUGCAGUAAAUCCGUCCUUUAUAUGUCCUGCUUUCUGUUUUAUUCUUCUCACAGGACUUGGUCACCUGAUUGGUUCCCAGUUGCUUAGGGCGUACAUGCAUGGAUAUUUCAUUGAUAUACGGUUAUACCACAAGGUAAGUAGCCUUAACAGUUGUUAUAUAGAUGUCUAUGUAAUUAUUAUUUCAACUCUCUAUUUUCCCUUUGUUUCUGUUAUUUGGUGUUUUUACUUGGAAUUUCAAAGUAUUGCAAUUCCCUCUUGGAUCAAUCUCUAAUUUGGUAAAGGCAAAAAAAAAAAAUGAGCUACCCACUCAUGCCAAACACGACAAACUUCUUGUCGGCCCCGACCACGCGGCCUACAAGCCUGGCAAGCACGGGGUAGACGGCCGCUCUCCCGCCGCUGCAAUCAACGAAGACUCUUGGAAAGGGCACCCGUUCCCCCCCUCGGACCGGUGGGGGUUAUCCCGCUCCACAUGGAGUCAAACAUAAACAUAAACUCACCGCACAAAAUCGCUUGGUGGAAGCAGCACCCACGCGGUCCAAGAUGGCAGCAGACAACCCAGCUACUCAGCAUGGUGAAGGGGUACCUGCCCCGGACUGGGAGACUCCGUUCCUGAUGGCCUUCGACAACAUCUGCCGGCAGUUUUGGAGGAGAGUGGAGGCACGGAGUCGGCAACCGACUACACCCGCUCCCAUAACGCAAUCGACGGGCAGAGCUGUGGCACCCCACUCCCAAGCGGAGGAUCAAGACGCUGGCAUCUUCUCGCUGUGAUUUUCACAGUGAGAAGCACACAAACGCCUCUAGCGGCUGUCAAUGAGACAGCCACUAGAGGCUUUAGAGGAUGGAUUAACCUAUUUAUAAACAUAGCAGUUUCUCUGAAACUGCUAUGUUUAUAAAAAAAAUGGGUUAACCCUAGCUGGACCAGGCACCCAGACCACUUCAUUAAGCUGAAGUGGUCUGGGUGCUAGAGUGGUCCUUUAAUGCACGACUGAUUUUUCUUCCGUUAAAAAAAAAAAUGUGCUGUUACUUGAAAUGCCACACUACCACCAAUAAUUGUUAUAAUUAAGCUUGUGGACGCUGUUUUGGAACAUCAAAAAAAAAAAAAGCCUUUUCUUUAAAUCGGUGUUCUCUCCUUGUCAGAUGAUAAAUGCUCGAAUUACCUGACAGAAAUAGUACAAGGGCGAAACCAGUGGUUAUCUAAGAAUCUAUUUCAUGGAAUGUUAUCGCCAUUAAGUUCCUAAUGCAGUACUUCUAUAAUCAUUAAACUUCGUAACAUAGGGAGAACAAUGACAUUCAAUGAUAAAUCAAUGAUCUGGAAACCAGCAUUGCUUAAGCAGUUUACGUUAGAAGGGGUGAGCUUCUCUAAUGCACUUUAGGAAAAAAUUGCCGUCUAACAUGCACUUUUCUGCUGUGAUAAAAUUUUAUCACCUCUUGUAUGAUGGAAGCACAGAAUCCUUUAAAAAGGGUUAAGAUUAUUUUUAUUUUGACACUGCCUUAAUAGAAAGUGAUUUGUACAGUUUAUAUUUUUGGACUUUACUACACCUUUACAUUGAUUCAUGACAAAAAAAAAAAAAUGUGUUACCAACAUGUGCUUCCUGCACACACACCUGCAUCAAUAGAUUGCCUUUUCAUUGUUGGACAUCUUGGCGCCGUUUGUUAGAAAAAAAAAAAAGCGCUGUAGCAUUUUGUCUUAUGUGUAGUGGAUAUGCAUGUAGCUAGCGAAUGUGACUUGGUGGCACUUUAUACAAUAUAUAACCGUUUAUUGUGCUAGCUAAAUUAUUUGCAGCAUGUGCUUAAAAUGUAGUCUUCAUCGUGUAAAUUUAAGGGGUAUCCCUGUACUAAUGGCAUAAAUUAAGAGAAUAGCAGUAGCGAAUAUCCCUUAGCCUUCUGGGAUUUCUCGGGGGGGGGGGAUAUUUUAGAACUCACCUGAAGUUACCUUGCAAUCCGCACAUUUCUUGAUGUCAGGCCUGCUAUAAAAAACUUUAUUUAUUGUACUCCAGCAUAGCUGGCAUUUGCACCUGUGCACAUCAAAAGGAGAGUGCCAGGAAAGACUAAACCCAUUCAUUAUUUUGGCUGUUAUUUCCUUUUAAGAUUCAUAUGGAAAGAGUUUGUGGGUGCUUCCUUCCAGUAAUUUUCUGAGAAAAAGUGGAAACUCUUUUCCUUAACUCUUCUAUGAUGUAACUACUUCUUUCCAUCUGACAAAGAUUAUUUCUCCCACUGCCCCUGUGUGCGCUCCUUUCCAUUAUGUAGGUUUGACAUUAUUAUGUAAAAGUGACAGUCUGUUAUUGUUAUCCUAUUUUAUCGAAUAUGUAUCUCUCCAUCUCGCUCGUGUGUGUAUAUCAUGUCAUGGCUUUAAAUAUUGUUUUUGUUUCUUUAUGCAGAAUAUAUACCCGUUUAGAUGUAUGUAUAUCAUUUUGCUUCCCUUGUGUACGUGAAACGUAUUCUCCGUUUGUGUAACAAUACUAAGUCAUUCUUUGCUUUGAUGUGUUGUGCCCUAAAAGGUGAAAGCCAUGGUCAAUCCAUUUGCUUAUGAGGAAUAUAAACGGGAGAAGAUAAGGCAGAAAAUUGAAGAAACUCGAGCCCAGAGAGUCCAUAUUAAGGUAAAGUUAUAUAAUUAAACACACAAUAAAAUACACCCAAUAAUGGUCAUUAAGGGAGUAUUCACAAACAGCCCAUGUGGUUUGAGGUGUAACCUGUAGCACUUUGCAACAUUGAAACAAGUCAUUUUAAUAUGAAACGCAUUGAAUCCUUGAUUGUUCAAAUCUGAUGACAACUCUAGUAUAAAUAGAUUGAUGUUUGUUAAUCUCAUGGGUUAGAUUCCAGUUUAAACAAGGAUCAACACAGAGUUUGACGUUUUGUCUUCAAAUAAUAUACAGUCAUACGGAUGAGAAAAACAAACACCUAACAACAUUAGGGCAUUCUAAAGCUUACACCAAAGAACCCUAGGUAUCAGUGGGUACUUAGGGUUCCCAUCAGUCGGGGCCCCACACUUUUAGAUGAACUUUUUGAAGUGCUUGAAGCCAGUGCUGCAAACGGUUCUUUAAAUAGGCAUUCAAAGCUUGAUCACUGUGAUGGUUAAAUUCCUGAUGACUCCACUAACCCCAGGUAACCAUGGACACCUGGGGUUCCUGUUAGCCUUUCCCCGGCCAAUUGGGACCAGUGCUGGGCUUUGCCAGUUGCCCAGCACCAAUCUCUGUACAUGGAUUGGGAACCAGGCUCAUUUAGAAUUACACUGUGUAAUUCUGAAACCAGCCAGUUUAACACCAUCUACUGUGUUAAAUGGUAUAACCCAUUUCUAAUAUCAGAACUAAUAUUAGCAGUUGGCUAGUGGUGGGGUUAGAAUAGGGUUAGAUUUGGGUGCAAGAGUAGGAUAGGGUUACACUUAGUGUUGGGGUAGAGUUAGGGUAAGGUAAGGGUUAAUGCUGGGUGUUGGUUAAUGCUUCUAUACUUACAAGUAUAGAAUUUACUGCUUUGGACUUUAUUUAAUAGUGAGCUGCGUGGGGAGAAUGUGUUGAAUGCACAGCAUAUUUCGAUUUAAUGUAUCCUCAAAGUUACAGAAAUGUUUUAGGGUUAAAGUUAGUUAAGGGUUGAAGUUAAGAGUAAGAUUAGGGUUGACACGUGGUUGAGUUAGUGUAACUGUUGUAUCGUUGGUAUAGGAUUAGUAUAGUGUUUGUGUGCAUUUAACAUUCAGGAAUAAAAUUAAUUUAGUUUCAGUUCUUUUUAGUUGCAUUGGAUGUGUGAAAAUUAUAAGAAAAAUGUGAGAAAAAAAUAUUUUUCACAUUUUAUUCACACAGUGUUGUUAGGAUGUUAAAUAAAGGCCCUUUCUGUUCUUAAAAAAAAAUAAUUUAUAUAUAUAUAUAUAUAUAUAUAUAUAUAUAAAAACACAUACACCCCUUACAUUAUCGAUUGUUUAAAUCCAAGGUUUUGUUUUGGUUCACCCGACCUUAAUGGCGUACGUUUCCAGAGCACAAAAAGCCCUGACUAUUUGUUUGCAAAUUACUUCGCAGUGAAGGUUAUGUACAAUAUCCAAGUGCAUUUUACUUAACCCUAAAGCUGAUCCGUUACAUUAUGUUCAAUCCUCAUUAACCCUUUCUUGUCUACCCACAACUAGAAACUGCCUAAGGUGAACAAGGAGCUGGCACUCAAACUGUAUGAGGAAGAGGACGAAACACAAGCUAUGCAGAAGAAGAAGAAACAGAAAGUGAGUGUGCUCUCAUUGGUGUUGCUCAGAAUAUGGCACUCUGCUCUCACCUUGUGCAGUUCCAGCUCACGAUUGGGGGGUGGGGGGGGGAGGGUUGAUCCGGUGAUAGCUGGCAUUGUCAGUGGUGGUGGUGUGUGUUUGAGCUACAUUUCCCAUGAUGCUCGGGCAGCACUCGUGUUAGGUUAGUUGUCACUGCUUUGCAUAGCUGAUGGCCAACGUUUUGGCCAAAUGGUGGAUUUGAGGAUCACAUACACGUUCAUGCCAUCUCAUUGGCCGUGUUUCUGAUAUUGAAACGCUAUUGCUGCCAUUUACUUACAAGUAUAGAAUUUACUGCUUUGGACUUUAUUUAAUAAUGAGCUCCAUGUGGAGAAUGUGUUGAAUGCACAGCAUAUUUCCAUUUAAUGUAUCCUCAAAGUUACAGAAAUGUUUAUCCCACUUUCUUCCAUUUCUGUAAUUACACAAUAAUAGGUUGCUAGCUGUGUAAAAACACAGAUAUAUCGGUUGGACACUCCUCAUUCCCUGCCCUGGGGGGAUGCAGCCAACACACGAUUAGUGGUAUUACUUGCUUAGAUUUACAAGAACAGAGAAUGGCAUAUCCUGCGAAUGAUAUGACUGGAACAAUGCAGUACGAUGAGAUAAACUUCUGUCAACACUAGGCCAUACAAGUAAUGUGAGCUUUCGGGAAGGAAAGUUGUCUUUUUUUUUUUUUUUUAUUUCGAUACAAUGAUUUUGCAAUUGCUAUCAGAAUGUAUUCGACGUAGAGACAUGGAAAUGGUCCAGAUUACAGUAAACCAUGAUUUUUCACUGGAUUUUGCAAUGCUCGUGGCUAAUGGCCAGUUGUUAACAAACUAAUAAUUUACAUUAUUAACGUUCAGUGGGUCUACAGUGGCCAUUGCUUGUAAAGUAAUAUAUAAACUGGAAAAAUGCUGUUGCUUAAUUCACAGUUUAUCCAAUAUUAAUAUCCAGAAAUGUUGGACAUUGAUCCUCUAUUAAAUGAUGCAUUGCACACUCCAUGCUGCCGAGCUAUAUCUGCUGCCGUUACAGUAUAUAUUCACAGAAUUCUGAAGCUUGCCCGGCACAAUGCAGAAUGGAUAUCAUCAUAACCAAAUACAGGGAAUCGAGAGGCCUUCUAGGUGCAAUGUUACUUUUUUUUUUGUGAAUAUAAUUUUUAUUUGUAUUGGUUAGUCAAGAUUCGAAGACUCGCAGGUCUCCAAGGUGAGUUAUCAAAGGAUAUGAAGGCAUUUGGAAUAUAUCAAAAACAGUAACUUUUAGUCGGGCUCGCAGGCCCACAACGUUGACGGACUUGCAAGUCCCUUUUAACUUAUUUUACGAGCAUUUCUCUAUUACAGUUCAUUACAUUUAUUGCAGUUGUAAUUUGUGUGCGGGUUGUACAGAGGCUCGUCGGCCUUUCGUCCGACUUACUGGUCGGGGUGACCCGACUCCCUGUGAGUUUGACAUUCAAUUCUCAUGUGUGCCCUCUCAUUGACUUGUGUAUCUACCUGGAUUGGGUUUAUUAUCUCUUGGCUUUCCUCUGGAGGGGGGAAGGGAAAGUUAGGGUUGGGGUAGGAAGGGGUGUGAGGGUAGUCAGUCGUCGCCUGUCGUCAGGUGUGUGUUCCCUAAGUCCUUCCUGUCUGUGGUGUGGCAGUUGCCGAUUCUAGUUCCCUUUGGAAUCCUUCUUUCGCCGUCUCUAGGAUCCAAUGUGUCCAUAUGUCCAUGUAGGCUGUCGGGGAAGUGUUAGUCGUCAGGGUCAGUUCCUCUAUUGUCCUCAGUUCCUCCAUUUGGCUAAACCAGAUCUUAAGUGGAGGUGUUAUGGCCUGUUUCCAGAAUUGGGGGAGCACUCGUUUGGCUACGUUGAGUAUUCGAAUAGUCAUAGAUUUUUUGUAUUUGGAGUGAGGGGUAGAAGUGUGGUGUAGGAGCAUUGCUGCCAGUUCCAGGGGGGGUGGUUUGUCUGUGAAUUUCUCUAGCAUUUUGUGGAUGUUUUGCCAGUAUGGUUUGAUCUUUGCGCAUUCCCACCAUAUGUGUGUGAUACUGCCCUCCUCUUGUUGGCAUCGCCAGCAUAGGCCUGGUUGGUCUGGGUCUAUCUGGUGUAGGAAGUGAGGUGUCCUGUACCAUUGUGUCAGAAGUUUGUAGGCUGUCUCUUGUGUUUUGCUGUGCGUAGAGCAGUGGUGUGUGAGGUAACAUAUGGACUCCCAUUCCUUAUUUGUCAGCGUGUAUCCGAGGGCAUCCUCCCAUUUCCUCAUAAAUAGGGGUGUCUCGGUCGGGAUGUCCGUUUGUAGCAUGGUGUAAAGGAAAGAUACUCCAUGUGGGAGCGGGUCUGGGUGCAUACAGACCACUUCCAGUGUGGUAUGUUGUCUAGUGAGCGCUGAGCCCUGUGGUAAGGUGUGGACGAAGUUGGUUAGCUGGGUGUAUCUGAAGUGCUGCAUGAAAGUCGGGUGCGUCGCUGUCGUCAUGUCUGUCAGUUUUUUACAUUUCUCUCCCUGCAGGACGUGGUGUAGGCGUGGGUGUGGGUCUGGGAGGAUGUCUCUAAAGGCUCUUGGGUCUAGUCCCGGGGGGAAGUCGACGUUGUGCGUCAGUGGAAGAAGGGGGGAGGGGUAUGGUGACAUGGUCCCCUUCCUCGCUAUCUUCCUCCAUACUUUCAUGGUGUGUUUUGUGUAUAUGGACAUUUCGCCCCAUUUUGUCGGUUCACGUCCCCAGGGUAGUCCCGAGAGUGGUCUGCCUGCUUCCGCCUCUUCUACCGUCUUCCAGAGUUUGUGCACGCCGUCUUUUGACCACUCCACAAUUCUCUGGAGGUGUGUGGCCACAUAAUAUAGGUGGAGGUCUGGGAGGGCUAACCCUCCUUUAUCCUUAGGUCGUGUCAGGGUAGAGAAUUUCACUCUAGGUUUCCGUCCAUUCCAUACGUAUCUGGUCAUUUCUGUUCUAAGGGUACUGAAAAAGGGGCCCGGGAUCUCAAUGGGGAUGGCUUGGAGGAGGUAUAGGAGGCGUGGGAGGAAGUUCAUUUUUAUUACUUGGACUCUCCCUAGCCAUGAAAUGUGGGGGUACGACCAUUCUCGCAUGUCUUUUUGGAACGUCUGGAGUGUGUCUGUGAAAUUUUCCCUGAACAUGUCCUCACUUCGGUUGGUCAGCCAGACUCCUAAAUAUCUAAUUUUAUGGCAAUGUUACUUUUAACAUCCUACCUGGAAUACCCUGACCUGAUUACUUGCUUCAAUAUUCACAUUAUUCUUGAUGUGUUAAAUAAACUAUCCCUCAAAUGGCACCUUUACUAAAUAUAUAUAUUUGUGUAGAUCAGACGUUUGAAUAUGUGUCUGAAAAGGUUACUUACCAGAUCCACCACAUGUUUUAGAAUCCUUUUUUUUUUUUUAAAUUUUUUUUUUUUAAAUCUGUUACUGUACCGAACUGGGUUUUCUAUCUCUUUCAUUCUGUACACUCCUGUAGCAGAUCAGAUGGUAAUAAUCGCAUUCUAAUUUAUUCUUAUUUACACAGAAAAUGCCCAACAUCCUCAGUGAUGACCGGUUUAAAUCCAUGUUUGAGAACCCUGACUUCCAAGUGGAUGAGCAGAGUGAGGAGUACCGGCUGCUGAACCCACUGGUUUCUAAAAUCAGUGAGAAACGGAAGAAGAAACUAAAAGUAAUGGAGUCACUGCAAUCCGAGGACCAGGUACUUACUUCUUCCUAUUUUCUUUCAUUUGAAAUGCUAAAGUCACGGGUAAAUUCUUGCCUUUAUCUCGCUAGUAACAGGACUUACUUGGGGUACAUUGACACAGAGAAUAAUUUAUUGGCUCUCCUAACAUAUUCUUUAACAUGUAGGAGGUGCUGUAUUGAUGUUUUAAGAAACCAUUCACACCUUACUAGUCAAAGUGGGUCAGAGUGUAUAUACUGUGGGUAUGUGGCACUAAAAUGUAUUCAUAAAAUACCUUUCGCUUAAUAAAUCCGGGCUGCAUUUUUUUUAAAUUAAAGGAACACUGUCAUUAAAAUGUAAUUAUUUUUCAAGUAAAAGCUUUAAUUAGUUGAGCUUGUUUGUUUGUAAUGUGUAUGUAUGUACACAUUGACUUAUCUUUCCUGUGGCAAACAUGUCAUAUUCCCUACACAUAUAUGCAUUUAAAAACCACAUACUUGCCUAAAGGUAAACUUUUAUUACAAUAAAAUAUAUUACAUUUUUGUGACACGAUUUAUUCAAUGUAUUCCUGCAAGUAAGUCACAUUUUUCAGUUUUUUUUUUAUUUUAUUUUUUUAGUUUUGCAAUAUUAGAGCUUGUCACAUUUUGAUGCAGUUUUAUAUUAUUAUACCAGACUGAACACUGCAGGAAGCCAACAUAGCUUGGCAUUGUAAUUCCUUCUCUUGUAGUAUCUUUAGUAUAUUAUGUUUCCCAGCAUGGAUGGGGCCUUUUUUUCCGAGCCAGUAAUAGGAAAGGUAAAGAGUUAAUCAGGAGAGCUUUAAGUUGUAUUAUGUGAAACAACUUACUUCACAAGACCAAACAUGUGGACCUGCUGUGACAUCAAGGCUAUAAACUCACUUUAUUGUUACCAACAUGCAUAACCGUGGUUUUCAAAUGCUGUAUCAGCUCUGCACUCAAAUCAUGAUCUAAAUUAUAUCUGAGGAAGUGAGUGCUGGAAUAAUGGGGGUUGGCUGAGAUAAAGGAGGGAUAGAACAGCAUGGGAAUGACAUAGAAUGGGGGACUUAACUAGCAAGAAACUGGAGAAAGAGAUGACUUAAAACUGGCAGAAAAGAGAGAUGAGAAUGUUGAUUAAAAAUCUAGGCUGACAUUGGACACUGGAAUGAGAGGAUGGAAAUGUAAAUGGAAGGGAUGUCAUCAAGGGAUCAGGAACUGGGUGGAUGGAUUGGCACGAAGGUGUAUUAUAAGGGGACUUUCGUAAAGGAAUAAGAAUAAUAUGGGGGCUGGCAUACAAAGAAAGAAUGGUGACAGGAGAAUCACCAUGAAGGAGAGAGAGAGAGGGACAAGUAUAAACACAGAGAGGCAACAGCAGGUUGUCUUAGGAGAGAAUAGAAUGUAUAGACAUUAAGGGUGUGGAAGAUAGCCAAGGCUGGCAUGAAGAUGGAUGAGGAAAGGGAGCAGCGAUACAGAAUGAAGGAAAGGUUGGCAUGGUGAACAGAACCAUACAGGACCCAAUUGGGCCAGACAUGCUCCCCAGUGGUCCCUGGUCAAAAACAUCCCUCACCUGGGAAUGUGCAAUGGCAGCAUAAUUAUAUCCCUGUCAGGAAUGUUUAAUCGUUGAAUAAACGCUAAACAAAUCACAUUGAGUACUUCAAGGUACAUACGUACAUUAUGGGCAGGAUAAAAUAAAAUCCAUUAUUUUAAAAACAUUUUGGUAACUUGUGAAAAAUGACUUGAACUUCAAAUGUUUCAAACUUGGUAGCGUAGUUGUAAUUCAGUUUUUUUUUUUUUUUUUUUAACAAUGUGUGUGAGCAUGCAUCUAACUCUCAAAGAGUAAAUCUGCCUCUUUGUAUGUGUUAAAUACAUCUGUCUUGGAGGCGAUUGACGAGCUACAAAUAGCUUGGCACGUGUGAGGAACUGUAUUAUUCCUUGAUCUGUCAUUUGAUUCUAAUUCUGUCCCAAGGAGGAAGAGGAAGAACAAGAAGGAAAGCCAAGUGAUGCAGAGAGUUCAGAAUCUUCCGACGAUGAAAAGGGAUGGGUCGAGGAGGUCAGGAAACAGCGCAAGCUUCUACGCCAAGAGGAAAAAGACAGGAGGCAGGAAAAGGUGAAGGAGGACCGACAAACAGCCCUGAAGCCUCAGUUUUAUGAGAUAAAAGCCGGGGAGGAGUUCCGCAGUUUCCAGGACACAGCCAAGAAACAGAAGCUAAUGAGGUAACUGCUACCCUGCAGCUGUUUGCUACAAAUCCCAUUGCUCUCACUGUCGCUCAUAAAUUUGGAAGCAAAACCGUUGCGCCUCUCGCAGCAGAGUGUUUCUGCAAACCUUGCACAGUUGACAUAAUAACUACGCCUUAGAUCUAUUCCUUUUUUUCCCAUUGCACUUUAAUCCCUACAAUACCGUAAUACACUAUAUUAUCUCUAAAUGUUAAAGGAAAAUAAAAAUGAAAUGUAUUUAAUCUUACUAUUAGUAAAGUUAGAGUGUUACUUACUUGGCGCAUAUAUGUCACCCACCUAUUAUAAACUUACCAGUAAUCCAGUUCAGGACAGUCCCCACCUACAGUGAGAUCAUCUCUCCUGAUGACCUUAGGUCCAAUCCAGUGUUUCCCACAGAGGUCCGACCUAUGUAGCAUGGACAAAAAAAGCAAGAGUGCAUGUAUUCGUGUCCAUGGCUCAUCUGUAAUUGUUUUUUGUUUAAAAUUUAUUUUAUUAUUAUUAAAAGACCAAAUCCUCCAUAUUUACUGUUCUAAGUGCCAAGUCUUAUGAAAUCCACUGAGAGAGCAGACUAGCUUGUGCAAUCUCCAAUAGCUUUCAGUAGUUCCUAAAAGCUUUCUGUAGCUGCCAGUUUGUCUACAGACAGAUCUGAUAGCAUUUUGUUCCCAGUGAGUGCUUAUCUAAUGCGCAUUGUCAUGCAGCUCUUAUCCAAAGUUGUGGCUUUCUGUUCUUCAUGUCAACUUUAUUCUGUAGGGGCGUUCUAGAGGAAUAGGUAACCAAGGCUCUGUGAAAGAGCAGAGAUACCUUGAUGUGUAUCCUACUUACAACUUGGAAAGAUUUCUAUAAUAUAAGAAACUUGGAGAGGGCCCCCAUUGUCAUUUAAGAAUAGCAAGCCUUUUUCAUAAAAUGUCUCUGGCAAUGCAUUUAUAUAUUGAUAAUCACUGAGCCUUAUAUCACUGCCUGUCUUGGCUGUGAUUGCUAUUGCUGAUCACUAAUCUAUUUAACCCAUGCAGUAUAUUUUCUAUCUUUCUUUCUCUCCUUUGUUCCUUCCUCAGCUUCUAACACAUCAAACCUUUUUACUAAUCUUCAUAUGAAAGAUUGAUCUGAUCUAUAAAGAAAUCCAAUACUUUCACCCUUCAGAACUGCUUCUCCCCAAUUCCAUAUUUUACCUGUAACACUGUACUUAGUCAUCCUCUCUGCACCACUCUCCACCCAUUCCCUUCUAUAGUUAUCACACAAGAUCCAGCACAUUUACUAAACGGCGACCUCAAAGCUCACAAAAUGUAAUCAUUUAGAAAAAAUACAAAAAACACCUCACUCAGGCAAAAAUAAUUAGGUUUGGAUACAGUAUACAAUCAUACAUUGCAUAAGCUUGCCACAAUGUCAAUGUACCCCAUUCUUGGCAGGUCCUACUCUAGACACUUAAUGCCUGCUCUUAUGAGAUGAAUCCACUUGGGUACUACUUCCUCCUGGGACUCUCUGCAGGUCGAGGCAAAAUAGGUCCCUGUAAUGAGGCACAGGGAGGGCUGCAAAACCACGGAGUUGGCCUGGCUUCCCAAAUAUAUUUACAAAUGAAACCAAGACGGCGGCACUCACCUGAACAUGCAUACAUUAUAGGGUGCUGCUGAGAACAAUUUAUACAACAUACAAGGUCCAGCGCACUCACUCAUUCACUAAACAGUAGCUUUUAAGCUCAACAUACCCAGGCAAAAAUAAUGGAGGUUUAGUAACAGUAUUUGAUUGAAUGAUACAUAUCAGUAUGUAUAACUCUACGCACUUCAGUCUAACCCUUUUGCAGUAAUGUUAGCACAGCUGAAAACGGUGUUCUGAUUAAAGAAUUCAUAAAACUGGCCUUCAUUAGACUAGUUGAGUAUUUAGAGCAUCAGAAAUUGUUGGUUCGAUUACAGACUCGAGGUGGACAGAAACAAAGAACUUCUUUGAAAACUUGUUCUGAAAUUAAUCAGUCUAUUCUUAUUCUGAGAAAUGAAGGCUAUUCCAUGUGCCAAGAAACCAAAGAUCUCACACGAGACUGUGCACUACCCCCCUAACUGGCUCUAACCAGAAUAAAAAGAGGAAUGACAGAGCCGGUACACAACUGAGGAAGAGGACAAACACAUUAGAGUGUCCAGUCUGACAAAUAGAUGCUUCACAGAUUCUCAACUGGUAGAUUAAAGGGACACUAUAGGCACCCAGAAAACCUCAUCUUAGUGAAGUGGUCUGGGUGCAGUGUCCCCUUAACCCGUUAAAGUAAAUUUUUUUGGUUUUAGGGAAACUGCAAUGUUUACACUGCAGGGUUAUGACAGCCACUAGAGCCGCUCCUUUGAUUAAAACAGAGUUUAGCUCUGUGAAACAACUCUGGACGACCUCACGCUUCUCAUUAGAUGUCCAGCUUCUUAAAAAUCCUUAUAGGAAAACAUUAUUUCAGUGCUUUCCUACGGGAAAGGUUUAAUGCACACGUUUUAACCUUCGUUCGCCGGUGUAGGGGAAACAGAGGGACAUUAUAGUGUUAGGAAUACAUUUUUGUAUUUUUAACACGAUAGUGUUCCUUUAGGAUGGCCACAAGUACCAGACACUGGACAGAGGAAGAUUGGAGAAAAAAAAUGUUACGGGCAAAUAAAUGUAAAUAUCAAAGCAUAUUUAUGAGAUUCAGACCAAAUGGAAAGAUGCUGGAGCAGUGCUUGAUGCCAUCUGUCAAUCGUUGUGAUGGCUUACUUUGGUUGUGCUAAAGUGCGAGAUUUAUACAGGGUGAAAUGGAUUUUGAAGACAGAAGGCUAUCUCUCCAGUUUAUCUUGUGGAUGGCGCCUGAUUGGAGCCAGUUUCCUCCUACAGCAGGACAAUGACCCAAAGCACAGCUCCAAACGGUGUAAGAACUAUCUAGGGAAGAAGCAGUGAGCUGGUAUUCUGACUUUAAUGGAGUGACCUGCACAGUCAGCAGAUCUCAACCCUAUUGAGCUGUUAUGGGAGCAGCUUGACCGUGUGAUACGUAAAAUCCCAUCAUGCCAAUCCUGAGGAGUUCUUCAGAUUAGCUGAAAGCAAAGUUUGAAGGACGCAAUUAUUAUUUCACUGAAAAUUCUUUUUUUUUUUUUUGGGGGGGGGGUAUUGUCAAUUAAUAUAUUUUCUAUUCAAACUCAUUUAAUGUAUGGUUUCAUGAAGAAUAAGGACAUUUGGGACCCCAAACCUUUAGCUUACUGGAGGAGUGAUUAUAAACCAGAGAAGAAAAGUACAUUUGGAUUCAAGUGUUACCAAAAGUCAUAAAAUGAAUGAGCUCUUGUUUAGAUGGUGGGUGCUAUAGACACCCGGUUUUGUCACACCAGUAACAGAAAUCCAAUAUAGAAAAGUGGUCCAGCAUUCCUCCAAUGAACAAGAGUAUUUUAUUUAGUAUAUAGCAGCAACAUUUUGACUAACACAGUAAGUAGUCUUUUUUGUUCCCUUUUCUUAGUUCUGUAGAUUCUUCCUUAAAUAUAUUUAAAGUAUUUGAUUUCAGCUCUUAUCUAAACAUGUAUAUCUUUCAAUAUCUUCAUUGUCACCCAAGAUACAGCAGAAAGUAUUAGAAUGUUUAACUACUACCUCGUUCUGGAGGGCAGAUCGUCACCUAAAACUUAACAUGGCAGAGGCAGAUUUACUUACCUCGGCUUAGUGUACCGCAGAUAGCUCCAUUAAAUAUUUAUCCUGGGGCAGCAGCAUUUCCUUUGUGAUAACUCUAGAUUCAUUGCUUUCCUUCACUAUCCUCAUUAGCUCUGAUUUUUCACUCGCUGUGUAUCAACAUUUCUUCUGCGAGUGCAUUUCCUGUUUGGAUUACUUUAACACCCUACUAUUGUUAAUCUGUCUUACCUAUUAUUUUGAACAGUUCUUUUCUUGGCCAUGAGAAUACUUUUAUUUUCCCUAGGCAGCCCUUUUCCGUAUGCUUCUAACACCAAAUAUCAUCAAUUACAUUACUUCGUUGCAUUCAACAUCCUCAUCCUUACUUUCAAAUGUCUUGAUUUUUCAUUUACAUCCUGUGUUUCCUCUCCAAUAUACACAAUGCUGUGUCCAUAAGUACACCAUGUUGUUAUAGUAAAGGCCAUCGCUGUGUCUUUAUAUUGCAGUUCUUUUCCUUGUUGCCCCCUAUCAUUAGAAUGACACUCGGCUCUGCAUUGGCCAAACAUGGAUUUUCUAUGUGUACACCUGAAGUGCAGCACUGUGCGAUUUCACCACAGUCUCCCGCAGCAGCGGCCAUCCUUAACUUUGAUAACUGUAGGCAUAAAGCAUAAUAGUAAACUCUUAUCUUAAAAUAAAAUAAAAGUUUCUAGGUAUUUGGCAGCUAAGUAUAUACAUAGCUAUGUUAUCCUUAAUGGAAUACCAUGUACUAUAUGCGCAUAACAGGAGCUCUUUAAAUGAUUGACAUUCGUUCUCUUGGGCACAUCUGCUGUAUACCACGAUAGUGGAUUGACACAGGCACCUAAGAGAUACGCUUUAUGGGCCUGGUUGCUGAACAAGCAGACGACUGAGCUCAUUUAUUAGUGAGAGGACAUCUGCCUAUUGAUACAUUGCAGUACAUUUUAUUUCAGAAUAUACACCCAAAGACUUAUAACACACACUGGAAACAGUGGUAGCGGAAAUAACAUUUUUAUCUGUGGCUGUUAACUAUACAAAUGACACAAACAUCACAGAAUUAGUCAUUUAAAAUGUCACAUUCCUCUGUGCAGGUCUGUGUCUACCUUAACAUGUCCAUACCCGUCAUUGUAAGCUAAAGACACAUACGUAAUAUGAGAGAUUGUGUUUGUGAAGAGGGUGAUACUGGCCGUCCUUGCAUUUCUCAGAUGGAUUCAAGCUAAGCUGUGGGUUGACUCUGAGACAAGAUAAGUGCAGAGGGUGUUUUGAAGGUCGUCCAAGUGGGUUUGCCCAUGUGAUUAAGAUUUUUAAAUUAGGCUUCCUAGCAGUUACUCUUCGGCAUAAUGGAUUCUGAUCUAAAUUUAAGUUAGCCAGAGAAGUUGGCUCAGUUUUCCAUUAUUUGCCAUUUUUUAGAUGGGGUUGUCCUGUUUUUCUUUGGUAUAUGAUGAACUUCGGUGGAGACCACAAGUCAAAGCCAAACAUAAUGAAACCUUUAAAUAUAUUGUGUUAUUUAUUUAACGCCAUGCUAAUGAAUGAUACAAAAUUUUCAGGCUUAGGUAGACACGUUAGUUUUGAAUGCAUCCCAUAAAUAAUGCACGAGAUACAUGCUAUGGGGGCCUGCUAAAUUAUUUCAUCAGAAUGUAUAGUGGAAGAAUUGUCUAAUGCUUUAAAUGAACAUAUAGCCUGCAGUAUGGGAAAUACUACCUGCCACCUACACAAAAUCUACACAAAAUAUUGGUAAACAUUUCCAGACUGACCGGUACACAGAUCAGAGGAGGGAUCACUUGAAAGGGUCAUAAUGUUAACAUAGGCAACUGCUAUUUUAGGAAAAUGAUAUAUAUUCAUAAACUCAUUCCCCACCCCCCAAUUCCCAAUUGCUGUUAACCCUCGGUCAGGCUCAACGUGAGUAAGAACAGGAUCGGCCGCAUUGUGCGUAAUAGGCCACUUUUACAAAAACAAACUUUUUACUCAAAAACAUGUUUAUUAUUCCAUUUGCUCUACAACAUUGGCGAAAGCAAUUUCGGAGCAUUUAUUACAAUAAAAAGUAGCAUUUUCCAUACAUAAUGCACGUUUACACUUGCUGCACUCAUAUCUUGAUAAGCGACGUUGUCCGCUAUCCGUAGUGCAUGUAAUGCACUUCUCCUCUUGCUAGGCGUUUCCAAAGUUUACUCUUUAUCUUCGUCUACAUUUUCACAAUUACGAAAUCGUUUCAGUUUUGAUUGAAUAUGCAGCGGAAUGCCGAUUGUUUUUUCACUUCGUCUUUAAAGUUCAUCUAACGUAAGUUUGUGAGAAAGCUGCUUCAAAAAUAGACUUCUCUUUAUUGGUUUCAAAUCAUUUCCCAGAUAAAUUAUCUGCAAAUUUAUGCCAGCAACAUUCAACAUGGUGAAGAAUAUAUUCAUAGGCCAACGUUUUAUAUUCCUUGCAACGCUGAAUGUAGCACACAUUUUGUCAACAUUGUCUACUCCUCCCUUUGUGGAAUUGUAAAAUGUAAUUAUCGAUGGUUUCUUUUUCUCAACUGUUUCUGAAUCAAGAGAUUUAUCGUGAUGAAAGCUGGACACAAGGAUAACAGUUUUGUUGUUAUUCGGUACGUAUGAUACUAAUGUAGUACCGCGAUUGAAUCCAAAGCUACUUGAAAAUACUUCCCUAGAUUUCGUUGUGACAAAUUCAGGUGGCAGCUCUCUUUUGUUUUUCUUUACUGUGCCAACGUAGGAAAUGAAUAAGUAUUUCCAACAGUCAACUGAAGAUUUCGAUAACUUUGCGGGGCCUAUAACACCUGGUAACUGGUUCAACAAAUUAUGAGGCGCGGCACGAUUUUUCUUGUUGGGAAUAUCUUGAUACCAUUUACUGGACUUGUCUUUUCCGAGAAAAUAUGAAGCGUUAUCUGUGAUGUCGUCAUCGCUGAAUUCUUCAUGGUUUUGUUCUGAUUCAGAACUCUCAAUGCAUGCUUCCAUGUUAUCUUCAGUCACGCUAUCGUCUCUUUCAUCUGAAUCUUCAAAAAUAUUUUCAUCAUCUGAUUCAUCCUCUAGCAUUUUCAUCAUAUCCGCGACAUCAUUCGGAUUAUUGAAAUGGAAAAUUCUCUUUGAGUUGUCCAUUUUUAUUGCCGUAUCUACAAAGAAAUAACAAAAAUACCAUCAUCGGGCGCAAUGUGCCUGAGUGGAACAUUAUAACAUUGAAAAACAUUAAAAACACAAUCAGGUAUGGCAUUAAUAUGCUUGAAUUAGAAAAAUGACUUACCAAUGUAAUUAUAGACAUAUAAUGGUUAUACUGCAAUCGGGCGCAAUGUGCCUAAGAGACACACAGUGCUGCGACUUGCACACACGACAUUCAAAUGCGUACUGCUCAUUAUAGGUCGCUGCAGAAUGUAAAAACAACAAGCUACUGAGGUGGCCGGGCGGUAACGAGCACUCGCUUUGGCAAGACAAAACAACAAACAUUGGUUGCGCCUGACCGAGGGUUAAUAAGAAAGACAGGGAAAUGGGAAAAAAUAUAUUCGGUUUGUUUUUUUUCAUUAGCAACCAUUUAUUUGUGUAUUUAUUUCUUCCCGUGGUAUUUCAACAAUUCUCUGUAAUGCAUUGCCAUGUGAAAAUAUAUAUAAAACAUAAUGUCUGUCUGUGCUCAAGCUGAGAAUUCCGAGAUCGUGUGCCCAAGGAGGACUUUCCAGAUCCCUUAAGCACAGCAGUAAUUUCUCUAUUUUUGCACUAUGUGAAUGGUUUUAUAGUGCUUGGUCUCACCACUUUGUGUUUAUAGAGCAGCGCUAAACAAACGAAGAACACUAGGAUGGGAGGCUGCACACCCGAUAAUAGGGGAAUCCCUCCAAUAUUCAAGAAGACCAGAACAAGUCAAACAACAAUAUACAGGUAGCACCAAGAAAAAUACUCCAAACACAAUAGUAUAUAUAAGAGCAAUAAAAACCCACAGGAUAUAAAAAGAGUCCACAAUAAAACUUAAAAGAAUAAAAAAUACCAAAUAGUACGGCGCAGUCUCAAAGGUGGCAAUAGAUCUUCUAGUCCUGGUCUGGGACUUUCUUGGUAGCUUCGCUUAAUAGCCGUAUAUGGAAAGGAAGCAAAUACAGAGGCAAAACAAAUGGUAAAAUAUGACAGUACGUGGUAGGAUGAACAACACUUAGAUAAGAUGUUAACUCACAUAUGGUAGAGCUAUAACCAGCUCUAGGUAAAACAGCAUGCAGUGGUAUACCAUCCCCACUUUCAGGAUAUCCCUCUGGUUUUGGGACACAGUAGAAUGAUGGUAAAUCACAACUGGAUAACGAUUAGGUAGAUCAUAUGGAAUGACAGAAAAAAGCAGCCAAUAGUGCUCUCCAUAAGGUAAAUAAAAAUAUACUUACAAUAGAGUGAGCAGACUAACCGCUCUAUGUAUCAAGCCUGGGUGGUAUAAUCCCCCACCAAGGAUUUCUUUGGUUGGUUGUCCACAUUAGGUAAUGGGUCCAGAUGUCAGGUAAAAGUAUAAAAAUAAAUAAUAAGAAGUUCUAAAAAUAUAUGACUACUUUAUUUUAACAACAGCAUAAAAACCACAAUGCGUUUCUCCCCUUAGGGCUUACCUUUGAGACUGUGCCAUAUCAUUUGGUAUUUUUUAUUCUUUCAAAUUUUAUUGUGGACUCUUUUUAUAUCCUGUGGGUUUUCAUUGCUCUUAUUGAUUUUGUUGCUUUUAUUAUUAUAUACUAUUGUGUUUUGGAGUAUUUUUCUUGGCGCUACCUGUAUAUAGUUGUUUGACUUGAGAUUGAUAUAUAUAUAUAUAUAUAUAUAUAUAUAUAUAUAUAUAUAUAUAUAUAUAUAUAUAUAGAUUUAUAUGGAUAAGUCUGCCUCAAUGCCGGUGUACCCCAUUUUCGUCAGAUCCUUUUCGAACAACCUAAUGUCUGAUCUUAUGAUCUUAACCCACUUAUUUGGGAAAUCCAUCCUCCUGGGGCUCUCUGCAGUUCAUAAUGAUCUAUAACCUUUUAAACCAAUUAUACCCAAGCACUAAUUAUUGACACAAUAGUCCUCUUAGUGUUAGACUUUGUGGUACAUUUGCUACAGAAUCUAUCAAUCUCUGGGAGGUAAUAAAAUGACUUUAAGUGAUCAUGUGAAGGCUUCACGUAGUGGGUGAGUUUGUUUUUGUUUUGUUAUUAGGUUGCAGAAGAAGCGGACAUACUGUGGCCUUUGUGCCUUCACUUGUAAUGAAUAAUGCGAGGGUGAUUUGGAAGGGGGAGGUGGACGGAUGUGCGCUGCAGUUAAAACCCAUUCCUGUAGCAAGAGUGGGCUAACAAGAAUUCAUUAUGACAAAAAGCAUUUCAUAAAUGAUUAAGAGGGGGGAAAAGAACAGUACAGCGAACGGUCUGACAGGCAGACUGCAUUAGCAUUUAGUGUUGCAGAAAUAUUUUCAAGUAUUAUAUGAUGAUCUAUAUUUAUUGAAUUGGGUUUUGUUUUUUUAAACAUACAUUUAAAAAUAGAUAAUAAAGUACCUCCCUCCUAAAAGAUGAUCUGUGUACAACUAGGCAUGAAAGGGACGAGUUUUUUUAUAAGCAAGAAUAGAAAAAAAUAUUACUUCUAUUGGGAGGCUACAUGUCUUCCUAUGAAGGAGCACUGCAUUAGUGAUCAUAACACUAUACUGGAGCUGUACAUUGAUUGCCUAUGGGCUGAGCACUUUGAAGGAGUGGAGUGCUGUGAUUAAAUAGUGCGCUGCUGGAGAAUGUAGUGGUUCACUAUGAUGCAGAGUUGCACUAAUGGGUGAUGCAUUGUGAUUUAGAGCUGCGUUGCUGGGUAGUGCACUGUGAUGGAGUGUUGCACUGAAUGAGUGGUGUAUUGUGAUGGAGAGUCGCACUGAUGGGUGUGCACUGUGAUGGAGCAUCGCACUGAAUGGGUGGUAUACUGUGAUGGAGUGUUGCACUGAAUGCGUGGUAUACUGUGAUGGAGAGUCGCACUGAUGGGUGGUGUGCUGUGAUGGAGUGUUGCACUGAAUGAGUGGUGUACUGUGAUGGAGAGUCGCACUGAUGGGUGUGCACUGUGAUGGAGAGUCGCACUGUGAUGGAGAGUCGCACUGAUGGGUGUGCACUGUGAUGGAGAGACGCACUGAUGGGUGUGCACUGUGAUGGAGAGUCGCACUGAUGGGUGUGCACUGUGAUGGAGAGUCGCACUGAUGGGUGUGCACUGUGAUGGAGAGUCGCACUGAUGUGUGUGCACUGUGAUGGAGUGUUGCACUGAUUGGUGGUUCAUUGUGAUGGAGCGUUGCAUUGAUGGGUGUGCACUGUGAUGGAGAGUUGCACUGCUGGGUGGUGCACUGUGAUAGAGUGUUGCACCGAAGGGUAGUGUACAGUGAUGGAGCGUUGCACUGAUGGGUGUUGCACUGUGAUGGAGCGUUGCACUGAUUGGUGGUUCAUUGUGAUGGAGCGUUGCAUUGAUGGGUGGUGCGUUGUGAUGGAGCGUUGCACUGAUUGGUGGUGCAUUGAUGGGUGGUGCAUUGUGAUGGAGCGUUGCACUGAUUGGUGGUGCAUUGUGAUGGAGCGCUGCACUGACGGGUGGUGCACUGUGAUGGAGCAUUGCACUGAUUGGUGGUGCAUUGUGAUGGAGUGUUGCAUUGAUGGGUGGUGCACUGUGAUGGAGCGUUGCACUGACGGGUGUGUACUGUGAUUUAGCAUUGCACUGACAGGUGGUGUGCUGUAAUGGAGCGUUGCACUGAUGGAGGGUGAAUUACGAUGGAGCGUUGCACUGAUGGGUGGUGCACUGUGAUUUAACAUUGCACCGAUAGGUGGUGUGCUGUGAUGGAGAGUUGCACUGAUGGUGUGAUAAAGUUGUGCUGCUCAGGGCUGCUCUAUGAUGUGGUGCAUGAGUUAUAUGUCAUUAUUUGUGUAUUUCUCAACACCAGUGUUAAUGAUCAGUGAUAUAAAGAGAGUAAUUAGUAUUGUGCAACUUAAAGGGACACUAUUUACCAGAACAACUACUGUUUAAUUUCCAAUGGGAAAGCAUUGAGAUUGGCUGAGAUCAUUAAUUCUGAUGACAUCAGCCAAGGAGGUGGAUCAGUGGUGAGGCCAUCACUGGCGGACCUUCGUGCAGCUGAAAAUAAGGUAGGGUGGUUAUUUUAUUAUUAUUUCUGGGGAGGGGGGUCAGCAACCCUUUGUAUGUUUUUAACACUAUAGUGUCAGGAAUAUAUGUGUGGAUUCCUGACACUGUAGUGUCCCUUUAAAUCAUGCAUUUAAUCACUAGUUAGUAAGGCUCAAUUUAAAUCAUGAUUUUUAAACAUAAAGACUUAUUUAUGCUGAUUGUUAUAACUGUAGUAUUUGCAACCAGAUGAAGAUUUCGUGUUUAGAAUAAUACAUUUUCAGAAUAGUUUAACAGUUCGUUAAAAUCACUGUAUGAAACCUUUCUGAUACACCACUAUUUAAUGGAAUAAUGAAUGGACAGACAUUUAGACCACUCCACACUAUCCUCCUCUCCUGCUUUUUUUUCCCCUUCAUUUUUAAAUUUUUUUGGGGGGUAACCAAAUUAGUGUCACAAGCAAUCAGGCUAAAGAAUAACAGUUUGGCAGCCAAAUUCUCUCCAUCCUUUUGAAAAAAGUAGAAUUUCAGACUGAAGCAGAAAUCGCUGUACAGUCUGUGACUGAUCUCUUGCCAUACUGAGACAUGAGGCUUAACAAACCGCACACAUAUGAGAAGUUUGUACAAGGCAUUGGGAGAGAAAGAGCAGAGCUCAGGACAUUAUGACCGAAAACCCACCAAACCGAUUGUCUUGAAAUAGCAAAAUGGUGGAAAUGAUGCAAGUGAUUUCUUAAAAGGGUGGGGGUGGGGGGGAGAGAAGAAAAUGCUUUCUAAGAGAAAUUACUCGAUAUCCAAGUUUUACCAGCAUGAGCCGGUUUGAAAGGCUAAAAUUCUAAAUGUACUUAUUGAGCAGAUGCGCCUAAUAGGCUUUGAAUUAAUUUUGACUUUUAAAAGAGACCCAAAGAUAAGCAGCCAAUAAAGGCACGCUGGUUAGGUGAACAUAUGAUCACAGAUAUUUUGUACUAUUUAGUGGUUUGGUAAAAUGGUUUCUGUAUUAAUGUUGUAUAUUCCAACUGUUACCAUCAUGUUCUUUACAAAACUGCAGAAGAUUAAAUUCUAGCAAAUUGUGCACCAGCGUUAAUGUUGCCCCAUCUCAAAAAAAUAAUCAUGUCAAUUAGUAAUUUGAUUAUUUGAGAUCUUCUUAGUUGAAGAAAUGCACCCAAAGGGUUUAUUACCAGUUCUUUUCAUUGCGUCAAAUAUGCUUCCACAACAUUUUUGGCAUACUGUGUUCAAAAAAUAGAAUAAAAUGUAAUCUAUGGGGAAGAGCCUAAAUAUAUUUGCCUGAAGCCAUUGGCUUUGUAGUUUGCAUUAGUGGAAAUCGGAAUCGUGGACAUGUUUUUUGGUUAUUUGAAUGAAUUAUUAUUAUUAUUUUUAUUUUUUUUAUUUUUUUUUUAUCGGUUCAACAUGUGCAGAUACAUACGUACGUUAAAGACAUGCAGUUCACUGUAAACAUUGCAAACAGUUCAAGUUGCGCUUAAUACAAAGUAUUGUAGUGACAAAUGGGAGCAUAGAAACAUCAGGCCUGAUACAGUUAUGUUUAUCAUAAGUACAAUACUGUUCAUGUAAAGCAAUCGUUGAUAAUGCGUCAUGUCUGUGCGUUCCGCAUGUGUAUCAAAGAAAACACUUCUAACUACUAAGUGACAUAACAAUAGUGUGUUCAGAUAGAGCAAACAGUAGUGAAAUAUAACUAUAAUAUUAGGCUGGAUAGAUGCGUGCGCUUCUUCGUAUGUAUUUUAAUCAUGGUAGCUAUCAGGUAGUCUCCCAUAUGUCCCUGUGGUGCAGUCGGUUGAGGUGCUGUAACGGUUAAGGGUGCCAUGCCCAUUGCUGGCCUACUUCGGGUCCUCCCGAGGCUGUCAUUGUCAGUGUUCAUGAUUGCGUCUUUGUCCUGACCAAAGUGAGUUGAGUUCGGUAAUGAUUUGAUUAUUGAAUCCAUGUGUGCAGGUACCUUGUUGCGUGACCAGAGAGGGAGUAUCCAAUCUCUUCCAUGGUCCUGAUGGAUUCUACUCUAGAAAACCAUUCCUCUAUUGGGGGUGGAAUUUGUUGUUUCCAGUAUUUAGUAAUUGGGGCCUUGGCCGCUGUCCACAAGUAAAAUUUGAACGAGUUGUGGUACAUUUUUAGAGGCUUCGGGGAUAGAUGUAGAAAGAUGUCCGGAAAGGAUUGUGGUUUCGGUGUUGUGGCUAAGGCAGCUGCCACCUCCAGAAUGGUACUCCAGAAUGUGCGCAGUACUGGACACUCCCACCAGAUGUGUUGGUAUUUGCCCCUACUCCUCUUGCAUCUCCAGCACAGAUCUGGGACAAUGGGUAUAUGUGGUGGAGUCGCGUAGGUGUCCUGUACCAUGUUCUGAUCAAUUUAUAAUUGGCUUCAACUAGUGAGAUGUUUAGUGUGUUUUUGUGGGUGAUACUGAAUAUUUUGUGCCAGUCAGAUGGUGUGAGUGUGAGUCCUAGUUCUUGUGUCCAGUCCUCUGUGUAUUUGGGCAAGGAUUUGCAAGCUGUGUCCUGUAGGAUUGAGUGAAGUAGAGAAGAGUGGUCUUUUCAAUGUGCGGGGCUCUGAUCACAAGGUCUCAAAUGAGGUGUAGGGUAGUGAUCCAGGUUUGUUCUGUAUUGUUGAUAUGAAUUGAGUUAGUUGGUGGUACCAAAACAUAUCCAUGAAUGUUGGCUGUUCCUGGGCAAAGUUCUGUGAGUGGUCUGAUUUACCCCCACCCCCCGUUGCCAGGGGGAAUGCUGGGGAAUUAUUAGUUAUUGUAUUCCAAGUGCUAUAGUGUCCUAAUGCGUGAUAUGUUUGGAAUAAAAACCUGGAAAUGUUUUUUUACUUACCUUUUAUCCAUCACUGGGAUUCCCUUUGUGCCACCACCCGCCUGUCCUCCCAUGGCAUUAUCUGACUGUCUUGCAGUUGGCUAUUUAAAUGUUCCUCCAAAUGAUUGAGAAUGAUGUGUGUGAGCGCAAGGGUUGCACGUGCAUCCAAAUGCUUCUCAUAGAUUUUAAAUGCAAUGCUUUCCUAUGAGCUGCAACAUUGCCACUAAAGGUGAAUUUAACCCUGCAAUGUAAAGAUUGUGUACUUCAUUGACAUGAAGUGAUAUGCGUACACUUAUUGGUCCUAUAGCAGACCCGUGCAUGCUUUUUGAAGAUAUAAAUAGCAAUACCUACUACCUACUUUUUCUAAAUUCCCCCCAAAAACACUCCUAUCUCAAAAAUGGUACGUUUGCUUGUAACAGCACUAAUGGAAAUCUAUCGUUUGAAAGUAUUUUGCGAAAAGAAAAAAGUAAGUGUCCUCUGUUGACAUGUUUUUAAAGCAGUCACAACAAAUGGAAAAUUCAGCGGCAUCAAUGUGAAGUUUAUUCAGCUGUCCUUAAAGGGCCUCUCAUUAGCAGAAUAACGAGAAUGUUACAUAACAAAUGUUGCAACGUGACUAUCCGCUAACCUCACUUCUAAAGAAUUCAUUUGCGAAUAUGCUAUUUUUCCAAGUCGUUUACAUACUGUUUCGCCUCUCCUAGCCCUCCAUGUUCAUUUUUAAUAUGGUUUUCACCCCUCUUUGGACUGGCUAAUCUCAGAGCUCUGUAAGGCUUAUUCAAUACUUUUUAUUGUAUAUCAAUUCAUCAAUGUUUAGUAAUACAGAGAAUCAUUUUAUGCGAUGCUUCCUCCUUCAAUAGCGGACAGUCUUUUCUGGAAUCUGAAGCUUUCAAGGUUGUUCAGCUCAUGCAACAAAAGUUGCGUUUUCCAACUACUUACUACAGAUAGCGUUUCAAGGUCAGGGGAAGAAAUGUUUUAUUUUUCAGAAUGUUGUGAUAAGUUGUUUAUGUUUAAGGAAUGCAAUAAGUAAUUUCAUUCUCACACAUUAAAGGGAAAAUUAAAGGGAAAAUUGCAUUUGAAAUGAAAUAUGUGCACGCAUGACAUAGAUCUUUUAAUUAGGGUGUACACCCAAGAAGGACUUGGAUUUAUUUGGGUGGACAGGGUGAUACAUGAUUAUUUAUUGGCUAUAUAAUAUAGUCAUUUUAUCAUAGGAGCAAACUAAGCUUAAAUUUUAUUUAUCUUGAUCAUCAUACGAAUAAAUAAACAACCAGAAUUAACACAAAGGUGCAGGUGGAAACGUCAUCUGGGUUUGUUAUAAAGUUAUCUGUAUUUUUAUAUUAGUCAGUGAAGACAUACGUUAGAGUUAUGUAGUUUGAUCUUUCCGUUAAUGUUUUAUACAGAGGUUGCCAUUAGAUGUAGUGUCGAGGUGACUCAAAUCACUGUCAGUAUGCUAUGUGUGCACAAAUCAACUGCCUGAAUCAUGUGUUGUGGGAGAUGGUAACGGUUCUAUUGUGACAUUUCUCCCAUUCUGACCUGUGGUUUAUUGUCAUUGACACCUUUACCUGUACCUUGUGUCUCAUCUAUCUCGUCCGUUUUAAAUUGAAAGCUUCUUAAAUUGAUAUUGCUGUUUGUCAAUUUACAUUUUUUUUCUAUUAAAAAAAAAAAAAAAAAAAGGAAAUAAAUAAAUAAAUAUAUUAUAUAUAUAUAAGAGAUCUGUACAUGUCAUUGAAACACUAAAUGGUAGCGUUUAAUUGAUGUUGCUGUGUCAUGCAGGAAAACACUUGAAGACCGCAUAAAGGUGGAGGAGAAACUUGGUACACUGAACGUCUCAGACACCGCAGUGGGAAGCAAACAGUUAACAUUCACUUUGAAGAAGGUAAGGUGUUUCCAGAAUACAUAUAAGCAUUAGAGGUUGAUUUUUAUUCAUUUUUUUUGUUGCUUUCUUACUAACAAGCAUUUUGAUAAGUGCGCUUGUUAAAGUCUGAAUCAGAGUUAUACGGUUUCCUCUUUGUGAAAUAUUACUUUGUGCGUAUGUUUGAAGUUUCGCAUCACUUUACAAAUUAUUGCAAAUCAAGUCUACUGCCAACUUCUCUUUAAAAAAAAAAAUUUAAAAAAAAUCCUAGUUUAAUUUAUGGAGACAACUUUUCAUUUAACAAAUGUGAUUUUUGUUUUCUUGUUUAUGGUAGCAUUACAAAAUAAACACUUUUACUAACCCUAAAACGGUAAUUGUGCGGAAAAGACAAAGUAAUUGCAAGUUAUCGACCAAAAUAGUGGAUUUGGAUAUAUUUUUUUUUUUAGCUUGGCUAGUUUGACCUAACAUUUGCGAUUCUUGAUUUAGUGAAUAAUUUCCUGUUAAUAUAGGUUCCUCUGAUGUUCUCCAGAUUGGGAAAGUUUGAGAUAUGUUUAAUUUAUCUCACUGCAAUACUGGUUACAUUUAACAAUAAUUUAUCCAGGAGAAGGUUCCCUUAUGAUUAUAGAUAAUAAUGUGAAGAUCUUGGUCCUCACUAGGAGAGUACAGUAGAACCAUCUAGAUUAUAUUAUGUUCAUACAGUGACACAUCGUUCUGACGGAUCACUGAGGCCUUUAUGUGAAGCAUUCAGAGAAUUUGCUCAUGCAACCCUUCCAGUCUUAUUUUAGAUUGCCCCACCAUGAGAGUGCAAGACAAGAGCCGGCCGUGUAGAUUACACCAGUUGGCUUUCUUCAUGCAGUGUUCCCCUGCUCGGAUUUCCUGUUAAUUUUAAUACCAUGUGUUCUAUAUUUAGCCUAUACAUUUAUAGAUUAGAUUGCCAGACACACACAGUGAGCAAGCGAAGAUUUGGUUAUUGGUUACAGUAUUCCUGGAUUUCCCAGUGCAGGUUACGUUAACUCUCAUUGCUCUUUUCACGUUGUUUCUGUUAUUAAUGUAUUCUAGAGAAUGCAUAGUACUGAACCAUGUUUUAUAGGAAAAUAUUGCUGUAAAGGAGUUCUGGGUACAUCUAAUCCACUAGAUUGAAGAUUGAGUGGUCUCCAGAACAUCGAGGUGGCAUUAUUUUUCCCUAAUACACACACUACACCUUUAUGUAAAGGUACAUAAUACACGGUCUAGAUUUUGUGCCAUUUCACUUAGAGAACUGACAUGGAACAUAUUACAUUAAAUAUAUUCCUUGCUGAUUUCUUUACAAUUUUUCUUUUGGUGUUGAAUGUUCAUAGUUACGACUUGUUAAUGUAUGUUUUAUUUUUUAUUUUUCUCCAUCAGUCCGAACAACAGAAAAAGAGACAGGAAGCUGAGAAACAGCACAAGGAGGAGAGGAAAAAGCUCCGCCGCUCUGCAGGACACCUCCGGAGCAAGCCUGCCAAAGGACGGCCAUUUUAUUGAUUGUCCUAUAUGUACUACCAAUGGACGGCCAUUUUAUUGAUUGUCCUAUAUAUACUACCAAUGGACUGCCAUAUAAAAAAACAUUAGUUUUGUACAUUCUGCAGAGCAUAAAAUCUAUGAGUUAAAAGGGUUCUGUAUAUAAAAUUAAAAUGGAGAAUUUUAUAUCUGGUUUAUUGUAAGUGUUUUUUACAUGAAUAUGCCACACUCAUGUCAUGUACUUGAAUGUGUUUUGUGUAUGAAUAAUUCCUAAGUAAAUAUGCAACUUUUUAAUAUAUUUAAUGUUAGUUUAUUCUUGAGAGAUAAAACGUGUAAGAUGUCAGGGUUUAUGAGUAGUCAUAUAAUAGAAGGGAAAAUAAGAGUUUUGCAGUCAUAUGUUUUUGUUCAUUGGCAAACAGGAUUUUGGAACCACAUGUUUUUAGAAGAGUCCCCUCGUUCUCAAGCCUAAAAUGUUUCUAAACCACACACUGCUGAACUAAUGCAUUAUACUUGAUAGAGGGAUGCUCUCCUGCAUUCUAGUAACUCCAGAAUUCUGCUAAUGCAAUAGAAAAGUUAUACAUUGUGAUACAAUACUCUUAUUGUGAAAUCUGCUUCAAGCGUUACCUGAUUGAACAGGUACAUCAACUUCAUGAUUAACAAAUGACCUCUGACAAAUUCACACCAUUUGUUUUAAUAAUUGCUACUGCAACCGCCUAAAGCAAGCAUGUCAAACCCAAAAGCUAUCAAGGGCCAAAUAAACAAGGUUUAAGUUUAGGUGGGCC